AAAAGGGGGCGGCGGCGCCCGCCUUGGCUAGCUGGAUCGGCUCGGCUCCCGGCAGUAUAUAGAAGAAGCCCUGGCUGGGGAUCCGGCGGCGGCAGCGACCUGGCAAUUUCCUCCAGCUCCUGCUUCUUUUGCACUUGGAUCAACUCACCCCCACCUGCCAGUUCUGCUGCUUUUGCAAAACUGUCCCGUCUGUCGGUGGGUCGGAUCCUGCAACCAUCAUGUCUCCAUCCUCGACGCCCUUCGCCAGCCCAUUCGCCAGACCUCGCUGCCUGGCUGCAGCGGCUCCGGCGGGCAAAACCAAACUUACCCAUCCGGGCAAAGCCAUCUUAGCAGGUAAACAAACCCGAGUGGCUGCAGAAACAUUUUAUAUUGUGACUUUGUUGGACGGGAGGGAGUGGAUCGUCUCUAAAGUGGAUCGGCUCACAAAGCUUGCUGCAUUUAAUGUUUUUUUUAAACGUGCCGCAAAAAAACUUCUCUUCUCUUGCCCCCCCCCCCACUGCGCCCCACCCUCUGGGAAAAGUUUGCAACUCAAAACUUCCCCCUUCCAAAAGCGGAUUUUGUUAAGAGCUCCUUCUUGAUGGGGCCAAGUUCUCUUUUGCAAGAGCAAGUCUGGACUGGUGGAAAGAAUCCUGCAAAGAUCAGAUGGUGCCGCUUUGCGAGGUGUGUGUUUGUGCGCGUCUAUUAUCUCUCCCCUCCAGCCGCCUUUCCUCUUCUUUUUUUGCAACCGGUAGUACAUGAAACAACAAGCCACUCGCGACCACGCCCCUUCUAGGCUGCUGUUCAGAGCUGAUUGGCGGAUGGGAAUGGGCUGCGCCCCGCGCGAGCCUCUCUGUUGUUGACUAGUUGGCUGGAUGCUCAAGUUCCUAGUCCCUGGGGUUUGCUUUGCCUCAUGAGCUAUGGGAGUAGCCACCUUUGUAGGGAAACAGUUAAUGGGGCCCUUCCACAAUGGUGUUCCGUUGUGGGUGCGUUCUGCAAAGCGUUCUAGACGACAUAACAGCGCGUCAACAGUGGAUUUAAUUCUAAUUUAUUACUGUACAGUGGUACCUUGGGUUACAGACGCUUCAGGUUACAGACUCCACUAACCCAGAAAUAGUGCUUCAGGUUAAGAACUUUGCUUUAGGAUGAGAACAGAAAGCGUGCUCCGGCGGCGCGGCUGCAGCUGGAGGCCCCAUUAGCUAAAGUGGUGCUUCAGGUUAAGAACAGUUUCAGGUUAAGAACGGACCUCCGGAACGAAUUAAGUACUUAACCCGAGGUACCACUGUAGCCGCCUUUCUAGGGAAACAGUUAAUGGGCCCUCAGGUUGCAUAUGCUUCAGGUUACAGACUCCGCUAACCCAGAAAUAGUACCUCGGGUUAAGAACUUUGCUUCAGGAUGAGAACAGAAAUCGUGCUCCGGCGGCAUGGCGGCAGCGGGAGGCUCCAUUAGCUAAAGUGGUGCUUCAGGUUAAGAACAGUUUCAGGUUAAGAACGGACCUCUGGAACGCAUUAAGUACUUAACCCGAGGUACCACUGUAGUUGUUCCCUGUGGCUAGCAUAUUGUCGGUUUCUGGAGUGGCACAGCAAAAGAGUGGACUCUCCGCUAGAACAUUUGUGGUGUGAAAAGCUAUAGGAUUUCAUCAGGAAGUUCUAGGACAUGGGUAGGCAAACUGAGGCCCAGGGGCCGGAUCCGGCCCAAUCGCCUUCUAAAUCCGCCCCCCGGACAGUCCAGGAAUCAGUGUGUUUUUACAUCAGCAGAAUGUGUCCUUUUAUUUAAAAUGCAUCUCUGGGUUAUUUGUGGGGCGUAGGAGUUCAUUCUCCCCCCCCCCAAAUAAAUAUAGUCCGGCCCCCCACCAGGUCUGAGGGAAAGUGGACUGGCCCCCUGCUGAAAAAGUUUGCUGAUCCCUCUUCUAGGAUAUGCGCUGGUUGAAAAGGAAGUAUGUGCAACAGCCCCCAAACUUUUGCAGGUGCAAAUAAUAUAGAUGCAUGUCCAAUGAAAAGCACCUAAUGUUCCCUGGACUUUUAAUGCAAUGCCUGGUGCUUUGGUUUUGACACCUAAAAAUCUGGCUGCUUCCAAAGACUUGUCUUUUCCGUCUCUGCUCGACAACACUGCUUUUGGAGGGUCUUCUUCCUGACUGGUGGUUAACAUGACUAUUUGUUUGUUCUGGUGUUGAGGAUAAUGGCAGAUGCUUAGCAAAAAAAGGUUUUGUUUUAAAAAAAUAAUUCCUAAAGCCAUGUUUCUUUCUUUUUAAAUUUGAUUUUCUAUCGAUACAACUGAAAAAAAGGAAAGAAAGCAAAAAUAACAAUAAACACAAAACUUUCUUAACAAAAUAAUAAAGCGGAAAUUGGUCUUAGAGCUAUAGACCCGACCUCCUGUCUAUUCCUUAUUUCAUUUAUGUAUUACUUGUUGCCCAUACACACUUUUAUCAUAAUUUAACUAAUUCUAAAUAUAUCUUAAGCCUCAUGUCUAACUUGAAACUAUUACUGUGAAAUUCUUCAAAUGCUGCAACAGAAUUUAAACUGCUAUAAUUAUAAACUUUAAUGACCUCCCAUUUUGAAACAAAUUCCUGUUUUGGUUUAUUCUUUAUUUUUUUCUAAAGCCAUGUUUCGAGGGCUAGGUGUGCCUUUGGUCUGAUCCCACUCAUCUUAUGAUGGACUACAAAACUCUUAACAAUUUGGGAUCUGUUUACUUGAGAGAUUGCCUUCUCCCACGUAUUCCCAACUCAACUGCUUUGAUUUGAGAAAACUGGCACAGUUACUGGUUCCACAUAAAACACCUGCACUUGUGAGAAAUCAAUAUUUUAGUGUGCAGCACAGGCAGACUUUGGAACUCCCUGCCUCUUGACACCAGGCAGGUGCCUUCACUAUUCUUUCUUUUUGGUGCCUACAAAAAUAAACAACUAUCUGAUUUUUAGAAGACAUCUGAAGGCAGACCUGUUUAGGGAAGCUUUUAAUAUUUGAUUAAUUACUGUAUUUGAAUAUUUUGCUGGAAGCCCCCGAGAGUGGCUGGGGAAACCCAGCCAGGUGGGCAGGGUAUUAAUAAUAAUGGUAAUAAUAAUAAUUAAUAAUAAUUAAAUGUUUGUUUAGGCAAGCCCAUCCAGACAUGUAAAAUGUGAACAUGCAUCUGCUUUUUAGCAUGUGGUUCAUUUGUGAUUAUUUUUUAAUAUUUUAAAUAGUUGUGUGUAACUUCUUUUACUGAUGAAAUGAAAACGGUUAUAAAACAUCAAAUUAUUACCGUAUUUUUCGCUCUAUAACACGCACCAGACCAUAACAUGCACAUAGUUUUUAGAGGAGGAAAACAAGAAAAAAAUAUUCUAAACAAAAUAGUGGAUACUGUAUAUGAUUUUUGUGGUUCAUGCUGUGGCCACAGACAUGUGAUCUGACAGUGAGUUUGGAGUAGCCCAAUGCAAAAAUCCUGAGGAUCCAUGUGGAUCCAUGCAUUGUAACCACGGAGGAGGGAAGGAAGGGGAACCAUGGAUCCUCUGCAGCAGAUCCCCCCUGCCACCUGCCGGCAUUCGCUCCAUAACACGCAUAGACAUUUCCCCUUACUUUCUAGGAGGAAAAAAGUGAGUGUUAUGGUGCAAAAAAUACGGUAUAUUAAGAAAUGUGUGAUGGAAUACAGUUUUUCAUAACAAAACAGUUUCUUAUUAGAGCAACAGCACAAUAAAGGAAGAGAAAAUGAGCAGCUCGUAUAUUAAUAUGAAUGUUUUGGACUGUUGGUAGAUCUCUGUCCACCGUAAAACUGUUAUAUCCCCUAUUAAAGCUACCUAAGGCUGUAUACAUAUCAUACUUUUAAAGUACACGCAUUCCAAGAAUUCUGGGAGCUGUAGCUUACCCUCAAACAACUAUAACUCCCAGCACCCUUAACAAACUACAGUUUCCUGGGUGCUGCUUUUUCUAGGUGCUUUAAAUGUAUGCUGUGCACUCAGCCUAAGCCUAUAGAAUGACUCCACUUUCUUGAGCCUUUUGUCAGUUUUUUUUGGGGUGGGGGCAGCAUGGGGAAGAUUCCCUCACUCCAGUUUCCUUCCAAAUAUUAGAAUACAUAUUUUUCUCUUAAUUUUAGAACAGUUUCCCCCAGUGAUGGCUGCUGUGGGGUUUGUGUUUCGGCAUUAAUCUUGCACCAGCGGCUCUGUAGACAGGGCUGUUUGAACAAGCUGGGCUCUUCCCUUCUUGCAAAGCCAAUCGCGAAAUAUCUGCAAGCGAGCAAGAGCGCAUGGCUAGCAUUGUUCCAGUGCUUAAUUGCAUUAAACAGGCUGAUCUGCCAGAGAAAGGUAAUCAGCUGCCUCCCGGCCGCCAGUCCUCUUAGACUGGCGGGAAUUAAUUCAGGGCAUGCCUUUAUCUUGUUAAAAAUGGUUCCUAUCCAACUCCAGAGCAGCCAAGAACAUAGGAGGCUGUCUUGCAUCAAACUAGACCAUGAGUCUAUAUUGCUCAGUACUGCCUACACUGGUUGGCAGCAGCUUUCCUGGGAUUCAGACAGGAAACAUUCCCAAACUUUGUUGGAGAUGCCGGGAAUUGAACCAGGCAGAAUUGAAGCUGGAGACAGGGCAGAUGUUCUGUCACUGAGCUGUGGCCCUUCCCCGAUAUCCGAGGAGCACAGACUUGUACAAAGUCAAACCAUUGGUCAUCUUGCAUAGAAUUGUCUGCACUAUGUGCACCUUUGAAGGUGACCCGGAAACUACAACUAAUCCAGAACGCGGCAGCUAGACUGGUGACUAGGAGCGGCCGCCGAGACCACAUAACACUGGUCUUGAAAGACCUACAUUGGCUCCCAGUAUGUUUCCAAGCACAAUUCAAAGUGUUGGUGCUGACCUUUAAAGCCCUAAACGGCCUCGGUCCAGUAUAUCUGAAGGAGCGUCUCCACCUCCAUCGUUCUGCCCGGACACUGAGGUCCAGCGCUGAGGGCCUUCUGGUGGUUCCCUCGCUGCAAGAAGCCAAGUUACAGGGAACCAGGCAGAGGGCCUUCUCGGUAGUGGCGCCCUCCCUGUGGAACGCCCUCCCACCAGAUGUCAAAGAGAACAACAACUACCAGACUUUUAGAAGACAUCUGAAGGCAGCCCUGUUUAGGGAAGCUUUUAAUGUUUGAUGUAUCACAGUAUUUUAAUAUUUUUUUGGAAGCCGCCCAAAGUGGCUGGGGAAGCCCAGCCAGAUGGGCGGGGUAUAAAUAAUAAAUUAUUAUUAUUAUUAUUAUUAUUAUUAUUAUUAUUAUUAUUUAUUGUACUGACUGGCAGCAGCUCUUCGGGGUUUCUGGCAAGCCUCUUUCCUUGUCUUACCUGGAGACUUCAGCAUUAGAAACUCGGGUAUAUAACCUGGGUGCCAAAUGGCAGCUAGAAUCUAGGUUGCGGCCACCACAACAAAAUGUCUACUGGCCCGGGGGGUUGGGCUAGAUGACCCUCAAGAUCCCUUCCAGUGCUACCUGAAGGAGCGUCUCCACCCCUAUCAUUCUGCCCGGCCACUGAGGUCCAGCUCCAAGGGUCUUCUGGCGGUUCCCUCCCUUUCGAGAAGUGAGGUUACAGAGAACCAGGCAGAGGGCCUUCUCGGUGGUGGAGCCCGACCUGUGGAACGCCCUCCCACCAGAUGUCAAGGAAAUGAACAACUAUCUGACUUUUAGAAGACAUCUGAAGGCAGCCCUGCUUAGGGAAGUUUUUUAUGUCUGAUGUUUUAUUGUGUUUUCGAUAUCCUGUUGGGACGUGGGUGGUGCUGUGGGUUAAACCACAGAGCCUAGGACUUGCCGAUCAGAAGGUCGGCGGUUCAAAUCCCCGUGACAGGGUGAGCUCCUGUUGCUCGAUCCUUGCUCCUGCCAACCUAGCAGUUCGAAAGCACAAAGUGCAAGUAGAUAAAUAGGUACUGCUCUGGCGGGAAGGUAAACGGCGUUUCCGUGUGCUGCUCUGGUUCGCCAGAAGCGGCUUAGUCAUGCUGGCCACAUGACCCGGAAGCUGUACGCCAGCUCCCUUGGCCAGUAAAGCGAGAUGAGCGCCGCAACCCCAGAGUCGGCCACGACUGGACUUAAUGGUCUGGGGUCCAUUUACCUUUUAAUAUCCUGUUGGAAGCUGGCCAGAGUAGCUGGGAGGCCUGAUCAGAUGGGCAGGGUAUAAGUAAUAAUAAUAAUAAUAAUAAUAAUUACAAUUCUACGCUUAUAUUAUCUCAACUACACUGCUUGACAACAAUUCCCUAGUCCCAGUAUGCAAGAAGGGGGAACACACAGUGGAAACGGAAAUGGUAUUAACUGUGGACUAGGACAGAGAACUGUGGUUGCUAACCUGGCCCCCAGAAAUCUCACUGGGAAAUCGCAUUGGACCUGCGCCAGUAGCAAAACGAGCCUGGCACCUGGCUAAUUUUGAACACUGCUGCAGAUAGAUCUGGGACCUCUGCAUGCAAAGGACGCUCUCUGAAACUGAGCUGAGACCCUCCCCAUAAACAAGUGGGGAAUAAUAUGUCCUUCUGGAAGUUGGGGGAGGGUGUUGUUGGUUGGUUUCUGUUCUUGUUUUUAUUACGUGUUUUGCAUUUUAAAAAAAUAAUAAUUCUAUUUUUAUGUUGUGAACUGCCCUGAGAUCUACGGAUGGAGGGCAGUACUGUGGUAUCUCGGGUUACAUACACUUCAGGUUACAUACGCUUCAGGUUACAGACUCCGCUAACCCAGAAAUAGUGCUUCAGGUUAAGAACUUUGCUUCAGGAUGAGAACAGAAAUCAGGCUCCAGCGGCGCGGCAGUAGCAGGAGGCCCCAUUAGCAGAAGUGGUGUUUCAGGUUAAGAACAGUUUCAGGUUAAGAACGGACCUCCGGAACGAAUUAAGUACUUAACCUGAGGUACCACUGUAGACAAAUUCAAUAGAAAUAAACUCCCAUCCUCCCUGACCACUGGCUAUGCUGAUGGGCUUUGGAGUCCAACAACUUACGGAAGCGGCGCCAUGUUGACUAGCUCUGGUCUACACUGACCGACUUUAGUUCACCAAAGCUUCAGUCUGUAGUUUUUACCAGCCCUGACUGAAGAUGCUUGGAGAAUUGUAGGCUGGGAACUGACAGGCAUUGCGUCAAAACUGUCCUGCAGAGAGUUAUCUCUUUUCCUUCCGUUCACCUGUCCUAGGAUCUGAAAGUACCUUUUUGUCACCUGCCAGACUUCCCAUCCCUGGGCUCAGUUGGGAGUAAAAAGUGUAGUAUUCUGGCACCUCUCUUUAUAUUCCCAGAUUGCCGCUCCAUCCCAAUUGACUCCUUUUGGCCGCAUCUGAACCGUACAUUUAAAGCAGUGUCAUACCCCGUUCAGCAAACAAACAGUGCAUAUUAGCAAAAUAUGCUCAAACUGCACCAAUGUAGCUCGUAAGUGUCAUGUAGCACAAAAAUGCCAACAAACCGGACAAAUAAAAUUGCACACCAACCCCGCCUAGCCUCCCCCCGCUCCUGAUCACCCCCCUCGCUUUGCCCCACCCUCCUUGCCAAUCUCCCACAACGCACCCCAAGCCCCUCCCCUCUUCCUCAAGCCCCGCCUUCUCCGAGCCCCUCCCUUUUUAAAGGCAGUGGGAGGCCCUUCGCAAAGCCUCUCUCCCCUUUGUUAAACCUCACGUUUGCCAAAGGGGGAGAGACACCUCCAUUAAACAGCUUGCCUGGACCAGCCAGCCGUUCCCCACAGUGCAGUUGUUGUGGCUGCAGAGCGUGACGACAUCCUACAUCUUUUAUGUAUAUAGGAAGAUAAACUGUCACAAAACCCAAAGAUGUUUUGACCUUGGUCUAGCUUAGGGGUCUCCGUGCUACCUACUUGACAACUGAUUGCAUUCUUUUGCUUAGGAUAUAAAUAGAUGUGUGCUGCUUUUUUCUUGUCGGUCUUUAAACCCAUUCAUUUUUUGGGGGGGGGGUAUGAAUUCACAUUAGUUUGCCACUUUUUUUUUAUCCCAAUCUUUUUAGCACACCCUGCCACUGGGUCAAGUUUUUCCUUGCCACCACCAACGUAUUUGCUUGGCUCUUAAAUUUCUUUGUCCCGGGGAGGUAGCGGUUAAAACCAAUUCCCUUUUUGGAGAGGCCUUGGUGGUUUUAUUCUGUGAGCACACAGAGGUUUGAAAUGAUCCAUCCGUCACCCUCCCUCGCUUUUGUGGGCACCUCUUCCUGACAGCUGGCUGACGUUGCCAGCAUGUACCCUUCAUUUUUCAGUUUGAAAGGUUGCGCGCUCUGAAUACGGAAAAAGGCAUUCGUCUCCAUGCCCAGAACACUCUAAAAGAGCGAUUCUGACAAGAGAGCAGGCUUACAAAUCUUGUUUCGUGUGUCCUUGCAAAAAUUUGGAAUAGUUUUGAGCGAUGAAGGGUAUGAGAGCACGUGGGGGCAGAGAGAGUGGGGGGCUUCGUAGAGGUAAGAAAGGGAGACCCACUUAAGGUGUGGGCUUUGUGUGGGUAGGCUGGCGAUCCGGCAAAAUGAGUGUAAUAAAGGCUUGAUUGUGGCCGUGAAAAGAACAAAGGCUGUCUUGAAAAGCUGAGUGGUUGUUUUUUUCCACACAGACUAGUCUGGUGGAAUUCAGAUUUUUCAGCUGCCAAGGAAUGCUAUUAAUGUCGAUCCAUCUGUCAAGGAUGGUUUGCAUAUCGCGGAGGAUUCUGGGAUGUGAGCAGAAUGUGUAUCCCCCAAACACACGGGAGUCUCUUGGGCAAUCCCUUUGCUUGCGCACGCAGCGCAUCCUUGUGUGCUCCCAGCAUGCAGCCAUAGCUGUUCUUUAUAGAGGACCAUGGGUUGUGGUGAACCAACAGCGUCCUUUGGGACAAUCCAUCUGCCGAGAACAGUAAUCCUAUGAAAAGGCCAGGUAGAUCAACCAUUACUUGCAGUGCUGUGGGCAGCGGGGGGCAAUUUGCAAUUUAAUGAGGCUAAAACUCAAACCUGCAUGUCAGCUGAACACUUCUCCGAAUUUUUGCAGUGCAAAUCUCCAGCCAAACAGUAUGUACAUAUUAGGGGAAAGUCUGCACGAAAAUGCAUGUAUUGGGGAAACUUAACAUAUACAAGUGCUUUAUACUGGGGGGAAACGGCUCGCAAAAAUUCUGUACGUUGGGGCGAACAGCCUACAAAAAGUGUGUUUCGUUAGGAGAAAUUUGCACUAAGAUUGGCUGGUGAAUUUUCACGAGAUUUUUUAUUUUAUUUUUUUAAGUUGCUAAUUGCUGCAAAAAUUAGGAGAACUGAAUCUGAGUGAAAAAUGGAGAGGGAACUGAAAUUGACUGAUGUAUCCAUUCCCUAAUGCCAAGCCUGAUUUGCUUGUAAACUCUUGAGUCAAUGUAUCAUUUUAAGUGAGCCAAUGCUUUGGAAGAGCCAAUGCUUUUCUUCCUGAAGGUAUCCUGACGUGACUCUUAAGGUAUUAGAUCACCCGGGUUCCUUCUUUCCCUUCCUCCUCAUCACCAAAGGAAAGCAGAACGAUACGUUUGGCACCAGCUUGGCUGCAGGAGUUGCUGGAAGGAGGCGUACAAGGCGUCAUCCAACCAUCUUAAGGACUCCACUCCAGAUUUGUGCAGAGUUUGCUCAUUAGCUGUUUCUUCUCCUGAAGAUAUCCUGCAAGGCAGUGGAAGUUUAGGAUCAGAGUUUUCCUUCCCCUAGAUGGGCUACCUGCCGAGGUUUAUGUGCCCCAUAUGGUGUACUAUGGUGUACUAUUCUAUGAUAUUUUGGGGUGAGAUGGUCUUAUUUGGUGUUUCCUUUUGUUGUCGUUCAGUCGUGUCCGACUCUUCGUGACCCCCUGGACCAGAGCAUGCCAGGCGCUCCUGUCUUCCACUGCCUCCCGCAGUUUGGUCAAACUCAUGUUGGUAGCUUUGAGAACACUGUCCAACCACCUCGUCCUCUGUCGUCCCCUUCUCCUUGUGCCCUCCAUCUUUCCCAACAUCAGGGUCUUUUCCAGGGAGUCUUCUCUUCUCAUGAGGUGGCCAAAGUAUUGGAGCCUCAGCUUCAGGAUCUGUCCUUCCAGUGAGCACUCAGGGCUGAUUUCCUUCAGAAUGGAGAGGUUUGAUCUUCUUGCAGUUCACGGGACCCUCAAGAGCAGGGGUAGGCAACCUAGGGCCCGGGGGCCGGAUGCGACCCAAUCGCCUUCUCAAUCUGGCCCACGGAUGGUCCAGGAAUCAGCAUGUUUUUACAUGAGUAGAAUGUGUCCUUUUAUUUAAAAUGCAUCUCUGGGUUAUUUGUGGGGCAUAGGAAGUUGUUCUCCCCCCCCCAAAAAAAAUAGUCUGCCCCCCCUGAAGGUCUGAGGGACAGUGGACCGGCCCCCUGCUGAAAAAGGUUGCUUACCCCUGUUCAAGAGCAUAGCUGUCAACUUUUCCCUUUUCUUGCGAGGAAUCCUAUUCGGAAUAAGGGAAUUUCCCUUGAAAAAAGGGAAACGUUGACAGCUAUGCUCAAGAGUCUCCUCCAGCCCCAUAAUCCAAAAGCAUCAAUUCUUCGGUGAUCAGCCUUCUUUAUGGUCCAGCUCUCACUUCCAUACACUUUCCUUUUAUUUAGAUGUACAGUGGUACCUCAGGUUAAGUACUUAAUUCGUUCCAGAGGUCCGUACUUAACCUGAAACUGUUCUUAACCUGAAGCACCACUUCAGCUAAUGGGGCCUCCUGCUGCCGCUGCACCGCUGGAGCACGAUUUCUGUUCUCAUCCUGAAGCAAAGUUCUUAACCUGAAGCAAUAUUUCUGGGUUAGCGGAGUCUGUAACCUGAGGCGUAUGUAACCUGAAGCGUAUGUAACCCGAGGUACCACUGUAAUGUUUUCUGGCACUUUACAGCACAGUAUGGGUUGCAAAUAAAUCACGCUAGUUGCUGGGGAACACUAGAGAGAAACGGUGGUUUCUCUUAUACCCCUGUCUGUGGGAUCCCUAUUUGCAUUUGGUUGGCCGCUGUGAGAUCUUGGACUGAUCCAGUUCUGUUCUUCUGAGGAUUCAAGGCCGGUGGGUGCUUUAGCUAUCAAGUAGAAAUCUGUAAAAGCAGCCUUGAGCUUUUUCGCAUCCUUUGUCUGAAAUGUAGAAAAACCCCUUUGUCAUACUUGCUAAUGCAUUUCCCCCCCGUUCUUAAUAGCAAAGAGAUUGUGCAAGCGAGAGACACGUGAAGUUCCUGUAAAGUAAGGGACAGAACAGGUUGCUUCACCAUCCCUGUGUUAUCUUCUGCGAUUGUUGACCCACUGUGUUUACCAGUCCAGUUUUCUGAGCAAACGGUGUGCUCAGAAGAAGGCUCCCAUUUCGUACUUUCCAGUAUUUUCCACUCUUGCCUGCCUGCAUAGUGUUCUGGGCGUAAAAGGCUCCUUUACCAUUGGACUGUAACAUCUUAAAUGACAGGCCCCAGGCCUUGCUGGAAAGGAGAGAUGUUGGCAGGGGCUUGGAAUCGGUUGCCUCGAUGAGCCGACACGGCGCUGCAAAUGAAGAAUUCUCCCGUCUGAUUUAUAGCAAAGGCGUCUGAUUAGAUUGGAGUGUUAUCAACCUUGCACGCUUACAUUUUUUUAUUUCAAAGUCUUGAGCGAUGGCAGGGCUGGGAGAAUGUUUUCAGCUUGGGGGCCUCAUUUGCUUUUAGGCAAGCUUCGGGGGCCGCAUGCUGGAUGUAGACAGAGGAAAAAGUGGGAGAGGCAUUGGAUGCGAAUCAUAGAAUAUUAGAAUUGUAGGGUUUGAAAGGACCCCAAAGGUCAUCUAGUCCAACCCCCUGCAGUGCAGGAAUUUCAGCUAAAGCAUCCAUGAUCCGUAGAGCUGGUGUGUGUGUAUGUGUGUGUGUUCUCUGCAGUGUGGGAAAGGUGCAUAUUCUUAUUAUUGUUAGCAGAUUUGUUUAAAUUACCAGAUGCAGUCUGGGGAGAAAAGUCCUGUUGGCAUUCUACUGAAGAAAUCGAACAAAAACAGCGUAUAAUUUGAGGGGAAAGGAAGUGAGAGGUUUCUUUUUUUGUAAAUGUAAUCUUUAUUGAGUUUUAAUAUGAACAACAUUUAUCUAAAGAUGUCUGUCGUCCAAACUUCAAGUACAGGUUUUCCCAAUUCACUUACGUUAAACCCCCCUCACCAAGAGAGCCAACAAAUGCAAGCAUAUCCCAAAAUAUACUACAGUGGUACCUUGGGUUACAUACGCUUCAGGUUACAUACGCUUCAGGUUACAGACUCCGCUAACCCAGAAAUAGUACCUCGGGUUAAGAACUUUGCUUCAGGAUGAGAACAGAAAUUGUGCUCCGGUGGCAUGGCGGCAGCAGGAGGCCCCAUUAGCUAAAGUGGUGCUUCAGGCUAAGAACAGUUGCAGGUUAAGAACGGACCUCCGGAAUGAAUUAAGUACUUAACCCGAGGUACCACUGUGCUCUAUGUAAAUUCAACAAGGUUUUGUCUUUCUUAGUUCAGGCCUUGUGCAUAGCAGGGAGGCAUUCAACCAAACAUACAAAGGGAAAACUACCUCAGAACUGUGCAGCCAAUCAGAACGCAGUACUGGCUCAGUGAGGAUCAAGCCACUCUGCUUGGUUGUUAACGAACACCUCCAUUGCCCCUCCCCUUGCUAGCUGACUUUUGCAUUAAUAUGAUUAACCCUUAAGUUACACACCGAAUGAUCCCUGCUGUUGCACUUCCAGCAGCUACAUGACUUCCUUGAGGACCAAGUCCUGGAAUUGAAAAUGGGUUCGGGGGUAAAUUGCAGGCUUAAUUUAAGCCCCAGCUUGGCCGACAGCCCACAAACAACAACAGGCCAGCCAGCUUUGAAGUGCGUGCCUGUACGUGACUUGUCAACUCUCACUCUUUCACCUCCCCCAUUCUUUCAAAGUUACCUGCUUAGUUUUUCCUGCUGGCCGUUCUCUAGCCAAACUGCUUGGAGCCAGCUUGUAAAAUGGAACUUAUAAAAAGAAAUUGCAGUGAAACGGCACUGCAAUAAAACUGCAAUAACGGAGAUAAAAUCGCAGAAUUGGAGGAUCAAAUAGGCAGCAUGAAACUACUUGUAGAAAACAAACGCAGAAGUUAAAAAAUGCUUCCCCCCCACCCCCCCUGGUUCUGGAACAAAACAGAGGUCGUAGUGAUGACCACCAAUAUCCUUAAAAGAGGACUUGACAAAUUCUUGGGAGAGGGAGGCAGUCAAUGGCUUCUAGCCAAGAUGGCCGUGCACUAUAUCCUCUGCACAUCUCUGAAUACCAGUUUCUGGCAAACACAAGUUAGGCGAGUUUCUGUGGCAUUCAGGUCCUGGUUGUGGACUUCCUAUUGGCUGCUGUGAGAACAGGAUGCUGGACAUUGCCUUGGCUGAAUCCAGCAGGGCCACAACAGAGGAGGCCCCGUUGUCCUUAUACUUACCGUAUUUUUCGCUCUAUAAGAUGCACCAGAUCAUAAGACGCAGCUAGUUUUUGGAGGAGGAAAACAAGAAAAAAAAUAUUCUGAAUCCCAGAAGCCAGAACAGCAAGAGGGAUCGCUGCGCAGCAAAAGCAGCAAUCCCUCUUGCUGUUUUGGUUUCUGGGAUAGCUGCGCAGCCUGCAUUCGCUCCAUAAGACGCACACACAUUUCCCCUUACUUUUUAGGAGGGAAAAAGUGAGUCUUAUAGAGCAAAAAAUACGGUAUCUCUUUGCUUCCCACCAGCAGCUGCUGGUGCCUUGAUUUCAUAGGAUCAGGGCCAGUCCCUGUUUUUUAGGGGUGGGGGUGGGAUGGUGGAUUCUUCACUACUGGCAGGUGAGAUUAGGAAGGUAAGAAUGGUUGCCAUGUCCUCUCCUUACAGGUACAGUCGUACCUUGCUUCUCAAACGGCUUAGUUGCCGAACAAAUCUUCUCCCGAAUGCUGCAAACCUGGAAGUAAGUAUUUUGGUUUGCGAGCGUUUUUCGGAAGCCGAACUUCCGAUGCAGCUUCUUCUUGAGCGCAGGAAGCUCCUGCAGCCAAUCGGUAGCCGCUCCUUGGUUUUCGAACGGUUUCGGAAGUCGCACGGUCUAAGUUUGAGAACCAAGGUACGACUGUAUUGUCGUUCUGCCCCGGGCCUGUUGUUGUUCAGCGACUUUUGUAAACGACUUUGGCGAAGCAACUGAGGGGGUGCUCAUCACAUUUGCAGAUGGCACCAAAUUGGGAGCGGCAGCAGAUGCCGCAGAAGACAGAAUCGGGAUUCAAAGAUGACCUGAACAGAUUGGAGAACUGGGCCCAAACUAACAAAAUUUCAGUAGGGACAACUUUAGGUUCUACACUUGGGCAGGAAGAACCAGCUGCACAAUUAGAAGAUGGGGAACACCUUGCUAGCCAGUGAAAAGGAUUUUGGGGUCAGACCUCAAGCGGAACGUGAGCCAACAGUGUGAUGCAGCAGCAAAAAAUCGAAUACUAUCCUAUGCUGCAUCAAUAGAAGUACAGUGGUACCUCAGGAUGCGAACGGGAUCCGUUCUGGAGCCCCUUUCGCAUCCUGAAUAAGACAUGACUGUUAAGUUGUGGGUGAACAUAUCAGAUGACACAGCGAUUCUUCAGACAGCUCUUGUUUAUUCACAGGCCAGAACAGAACUGAGCUGAAGGGUUCAGCCAGCCUGCUUAUAUAGAGCUCAACUACAAGGCAACAGUAACAACUUUCUGUAACUGUCCAAUCACUGAACGUCACUUUCAAUUCCUUAUUUGCAUAUGUGGACCUGAGUGAAAACUAUCUACAGUAUCCCCCUGCUGGCCCAGGGUGAGAACUUCAGUACAUAACAGUGACUGCGCGUCUGCGCUUGCGCAGGUCGCGUUUCGGCGCUGCGGCGCAUGCGCGUGACGUCAUUUUGACCGUCUGAGCAUGCGCAAGCGGCGAAACCUGGAAGUAACACGCUCUGUUACUUCCGGGUCGCCACGGAGCGCAACCUGAAAAUACUUAUCCUGAAGCAUAUUUAUCCCGAGGUAUGACUGUAUAGUGGUCUCGAUCGAGGGAAGUAAUCGUACCUCUCUAUUCUGCCUUGGUCAGACAACACCUGGAGCACUGUGUCCUGCUCCGGGUGACAUCAUUUAAGAAGGAUAUUGAGAAGCUAGCACAUGUGGAGAGGAGGGCGACCAAGGAUAUCAAGGGUCUGGAAACCAAGCCUGAUGAGGAACAGUUGAGGGAGUUGGGUGUGUUGAGCCUGGAAAAGAGGAGACUGAGAGGAGAUAUGAGAGCCACCUUCAGAUAUCUCAAGGGCCGUCACGUGGAGGAUGGAGCAAGCUUGUUUUCUCCUGCUCCAGAGGGUAGGAUCGAGACCGAUGGAUUUGAGUUCCAAGAAAGGAGAUUCCGAUGAAAUAUCAGGAAAACUUUCCGACAGUAAGAGCUGAUUCACAGUGAUAUCAACUCCUGGUCUCCUGGUAGGUUUUCAAGCAGAACUUGGGAGUUGUGGAUGCUUUAGUUGAGAUUCCUGCAUUGCAAGGGGGGUUGGACUUGGGUCAACCUUAAAGGUAAAGGGACCCCUGACCAUUAGGUCCAGUCGUGACCGACUCUGGGGUUGCGGCGCAUCUCGCUUUAUUGGCCAAGGGAGCUGGCAUACAGCUUCCGGGUCAUGUGGCCAGCAUGACUAAGCCGCUUCUGGCGAACCAGAGCAGCGCAUGGAAACGCCGUUCACCUUCCCGCCGGAGCGGUACCUAUUUAUCUACUUGCACUUUGACGUGCUUUCGAACUGCUAGGUUGGCAGGAGCAGGGACUGAGCAACGGGAGCUCACCCCGUCGCAGGGAUUCGAACCACCGACCUUCCGAUCGGCAAGUCCUAGGCUCUGUGGUUUAACCCACAGCGCCACCUGCGUCCCGGGUCAGCCUUAGGGUCCCUUCAACUCUAUAGUUCUAUGACCCAAUGGCCUGACUCGGAAUAAGGCAGCUUCCUACGGUCCCCUUCAAAUAUGCCCCCGGUUGUGCUGCUUUUUCCUCCUAGACAUUGAUUUCUGCCUCUGUUUUUCUGGCUUUCCCUCGGGCUGCUGAAUUGGCAGUUUGAGAAGCUUCUGCUCGGGGAAGGAAAGCCAUCAUCUCCAGAACAAACAAAAUGACAGGGUGAGCCGAGAACCGCCUGUGAUCAGAGCAGCUAAAAUAAAAAUAAAAAAUUGAACCGCCUGGCACAAUGCCCAGUCCUUAGGAGCAGACCUCCCCUCUCCUGGUAUCUGUUUGAGCCAUUUAAGACCACAAAGACCCUGAGUGGCCCAACAACAACAACAACAACAACAACAAUAAUAAUAAUUUAUUAUUUAUACCCCGCCCAUCUGGCUGGGCUUCCCCAGCCACUCUGGGCGGCUUCCCAAAAAAAAUAUUAAAAUACUGUAAUACAUCAAACAUUAAAAGCUUCCCUAAACAGGGCUGCCUUCAGAUGUCUUCUAAAAGUCUGGUAGUUGUUGUUCUCUUUGACAUCUGGUGGGAGGGCAUUCCACAGGGAGGGCGCCACUACCGAGAAGGCCCUCUGCCUGGUUCCCUGUAACUUAGCUUCUCGCGGUGAGGGAACCGCCAGAAGGCCCUCGGCGCUGGACCUCAGCAUCCGGGCAGAAUGAUGGGGGUGGAGACGCUCCUUCAGGUAUACUGGACCGAGGCCGUUUAGGGCUUUAAAGGUCAGCACCAACACUUUGAAUUGUGCUCGGAAACGUACUGGGAGUCCAGCAUUCUGUUCUUACAGUGGCCAACCAGAAUCCCUGGGGAAGUUAUGCAAGCAGAAUUUGAGCACAAGAGUCCUCUCCCCCUCUGGUAACUUCCAUCCACUCGGGAGGCAGAAACAUCAUGACCAAGCAUGACAAAAUUUACGUCCUGCAAAUAAUCUGUGAAACAUCACAUAUCGACCAUUAUGCUCUAGGAUUAAACAGUCCACGAGUUACGAUGACAUUUGCCAAGUCCUAGCAAUAGAAAUGUGGCUUUGUUUUGAGUUUGCAUUGUGCCGUUUUUAAUAUAUUGGGUGUUGCUUUUAAAGAGGAAUAGUGUCUCUAAUUGAUUUUUGAUUUUUAAAUUUUAUUGUUAUUCAUGUUUUUAUACUGUAUUUUAUGCUGCUUUUAUAAUUAAGUGUUUUAAAGCGUUUUAAAUUUGUUGUUAGCCGCCCUGAGCCCAGUUUUUGAACCGGGAAGGGUGGGGUAUAAAUAAAGUAUUAUUAUUAUUAUUAUUAAUAUUAAUAUUAUGUGCUGUAACAUUUUGUUGCAGUUUCACCUGGUCACGCAUCAAAUGUACAGUUGCUGAGGGCUUGGCCGGUGACCCAGACAUUGUUGGGGCAUGUGGCUAGCAGCUUAUUUCUAGCCCACGGACUUUACUGGGUGUGUUUGUGUGUUGUCUGAACGACAGUUCAGAGUGGUGCAUGCUUGGUUGAAUUAGGAGAUAGGUUCCCUUUGAAGCUGCUUCUGUGUAGUUUUUAGAAAGCAAAUUACUUGUUUGUUCUGAAAUUGUUGUGUGGGACUUUGGACCGCAAUAAAGGUUAUACAUAAUUACAGGGACGCGGGUGGCGCUGUGGGUUAAACCACAGGGCCUAGGGCUUCCCAAUCAGAAGGUCGGCGGUUCAAAUACCCGCGACGGGGUGAACUCCCGUUGCUCAGUCCCUGAUCCUGCCAACCUAGCAGUUCGAAAGCACGUCAAAGUGCAAGUAGAUAAAUAGGUACCGCUCUGGAGGGAAGGUAAACGGCGUUUCCGUGCGCUGCUCUGGUUUGCCAGAAGCGGCUUAGUCAUGCUGGCCACAUGACCUGGAAGCUGUACACUGGCUCCCUCGGCCAGUAAAGCGAGAUGAGUGCCGCAACCCCAGAGUCGGCCACGGCUGGACCUAAUGGUCAGGGGUCCCUUUACCUUUUAUAAUUACUUAGGAUUUGAACUGUGCUCUCCCAGGUCCUCUUUUGGCACUCUAACCACUGCACCACACUGCCUGUUUGAACAGAAUGGGCACCCUAGCUGGCUCAAAUAGCCCCUGAUCUGUGAUGCUUGGUGCAACUGCAGAAACCUUUCACGUUCUGUGUGUUUUUCUCCCUCCCAUGAGGACUUUGAACCCAUCGAUUUGGUUCUCGCAACGGGGCAAAAGUCCUGGACUUGAGUCCCCUCUUCUGCAAUCUCCGGGGCAGGCGAUGAGUGGCGUUUGGACUGUGCGUGCUUAAUCUUUAGCUCGGAGCCAAAGGAGAAACUGUGCUGAAGGUCACGGCCGGUUAUAUCUCAUUGGCGGUGAAAAAUGUCGCCUGAGAUCACUGACACCAGAAUUGCCCUGGCUGAUCAGCAGUGGUUGGUUUUUUUGCUUGUUUGAAAGCUGGCAAAAAGAUUUUGCUCGGCUCCCCGUGGGUUGCUACCACAGCCUGUUCCCAUCCUAUCAUGUUGUCUUAAGAAUAUAAGAGCUUGCAGGAUCAGGCCAAUGGCCCAUCUAGUCCAGGAUUCUGUUCUCAUAGUGGCUAACCAGAUGCCUAGGGAAAGCUCAAAAUCAAGACCCGAACGCAAGAGCCCUCUUCCUUCCCGAGCAGCGUUCGAAAUUUGCCAGUCGCAUUUCGCACCUGGCUCUCGGCUACUUGGAACCAAGUGAGGAUGGCCAGGCACCAGGAUGGCACCUGACAUUUCCAACGUCUUGGAGGUGCAUGUUUGGGGACCCUUGGAUCUUGCCGGCUUUCACACACUUAACAGAAUUCUGUCUGUGAUAUUUUAUCUGGGCAGUGGGAAUGAAUGUGAGGGACCCAAAAGUCGUGUUGAAAAAUACGGCUUUCUAGGCAAAACUAGGCAUUCCGUUUUGGCGACUGUAACCCUGGUUUCUCCUGCCAACCUAGCAGUUCGAAAGCACGUCAAAGUGCAAGUAGAUAAAUAGGUACCACUCCGGCGGGAAGGUAAACGGCGUUUCCGUGCGCUGCUCUGGCUCGCCAGAAGCGGCUUAGUCAUGCUGGCCACAUGACCCAGAAGCUGUACGCCGGCUCCCUCGGCCAGUAAAGCGAGAUAAGCGCCGCAACCCCAGAGUUGUCCGCGACUGGACCUAAUGGUCAGGGGUCCCUUUACCUAACCCUGGUUUAAGGAGCCAUUGGGCACCUAGCUUAUACAGUCAUACCUCAUGUUACGUCUGCUUCAUGUUACGUUCUUUCAGGUUAUGUCCUGCGGCGACCCGGAAGUACCGGAAAGGGUUAGGGUUAGGGUUUCGGCGCAUGCGCAGAAGCGCAAAAUGAUGUCACGUGCAUGCGCAGAAGCAGUGAGUCACAACCUGCAUGUGCACAGAUGCACCGCUGUGGGUUGCGCUCUUUUCAUGUUGCGAACGGGCCUCCGGAACGGUUCCAGUUCGCAACCAGAAUUACCACCGUAUAUCUGAGUUUGUAACACUGUUCCUGAGGUUUCUGGCAACUGGCAUUCAGAAGCAGUGCUGCCUCUGACUGUGAUGAUGAGCCAUUUGGAAAGCCAAAGAAAAGGGAGCUAUUUGCUUCAGCUUGGAGCCAGUUAGAAAACAGGCAGAGUUUGAAAUAUUAUUAUUAUUAUUAUUAUUAAUUGAAUUUAUAUACUGCCCUAUACCCGGAGGUCUCAGGGUGGCUCACAGAAAAGAUCAAUAUAUAUAAUCAAAAUAAAAACAACAACCCAAUAACACUCCCCCUCCCCCCAAAGAGCCACAUUUUAAAAGGGCACAGGAUGUCAAUCAGGUCAAGUGAAGGCCUGGUUAAAAAGGAACGUUUUUGCCUGGCGCCUAAAGGUGUAUAAUGAAGGCGCCAGGCAAAUUUCCCUGGGGAGAGCCAGAUGGGGAGCCACUGCAGAGAAGGCCCUGUUCUUGUGUUGCCACCCUCCAGACCUCUCGAGGAGGAGGGACACGAAGAAGGGCCUCAGAAGAGGAUCUCUGGGUCCAGGUAGGUUCAUAUGGAAAGAGGCGAUCCUUCAGAUAUUGUGGUAGAGUUGUAAUGUUGGCUAUGUUGUGACCUAGAGGUGUCAGGCUGUUUAAAAGCGGCAAGCUGAAGAGAGAGUCAGAACAAGAUGGUUGGUGUUUGCAUGAAUCCAGGGGGGUGGCUGUGAGAGAAGCAAGAGCCUCUUGGGGUGUUGAUGUUGUGAAAACCCUCCAUUUUAGGCUCAGGUUGUAUAAAUAUACAAAUAUAUAUGCUGAGCCUCCUUCCCAAAAGGCCUGGAAGCCCGGGAACCUUGUACCGUUCAGAGAUUGGGGUGGCAAAGUCCGCCUGCUUCCCCCAAAAGAUCAGGAUCAAAGUAAGGUACCAUUUUACUUUUAAAGACACAAUAUCCAACACAGAAGAUUGGCAAAUCCUAAUGGUAGAAUAUCUGCAGCUAGCGAAGGCGACAGGAAAGUAAGAGGCCAACCAAAACGAAAAGUCUAUAAGGAUCGGGGAAUUGUUAAAAGAAUAUUUAGAAAACUAUGGAAUAAAAGGAAACAUCUUGGCAGAAUUAGACUGAUCCCUGUAUUGUAUAAAUAUAAGUUCAUAGGGAGGUAAAAAGAAAUUAUAUAAGAAAUAUGUAACUGUGCGGUAUAAAGUAAUGGAUAGAUUAAGUACAGUGAGAUUAAUUGGAAGUCAGUUUUAAAUUUCUCCUAUUUAAGUUUUAUAACUGUGUUCAGUAUCAGGAGUAUAUAUGAUGAUAAUUAUACUAAUCUUCUUGUAUCUUAUAGUGUGGUGGUUUGUUUGAUUCUUCUGCUAUUUGUUUGUAUGAUUGCAUGUUUACUUGUAUGUAUGUCUGUUUUUUCAUAAACGUGUUUAUUUUAAAUUAAUAAAGAUAUUUAUUUUAAAAAGACGAUAUAAUAAAAAUAAAAAGUGUGGCCUUUUCGAAACACUUUCUCUCAAAUGCAAAUCCCUGUUAAUGCACGAAAUGGUUAAGGGCUAAAUGGUUCAACUUGAAUCAGAGUCGGGUUUUAAUUGCAGCGAAAUCCCAGGGAAAAGCGCAGGGUGGAACCUUUGUAUUAGCCCUGUGGGGUUUUUGUUUGUUGUUCCAGGCAUAAAAAAUGGCUCCAGCUGCCAGCCUCCCACAGUUAGUCCUUUUAAUUUUCCUCUUGGAGGCUUGAAAAGGAACUCAUGCCUGUCGCUGAUGAGCUGGCAGCCGUGCCGUUUCAGGCUCUUAAAAGGAGGCAAAAACGAGAAUGGGGAGCAAAAUCCCAGCCGUGCUUGAACACAGCCUUCCUAACCUAGUGCCCUCCAGAUGUUCUGGACAACAACAGCCACCACCAGCGGAUCUGUGCCCAUUGAAUUUUGAGGGUCAAAAAUAAAACAUUAAAGACGUUUAGCAAAUACAUUCAUACCUCAUGUUACGUUCUUUCAGGUUACGUCCCACGGCGACCCGGAAGUACCGGAAAGGGUUACUUCCGGGUUUCGCCGCUCGUGCAUGCGCAGAAGCACAAAAUGACAUCACGCGCGUGCACAGAAGCGGCGAAUCGCAACCCACGCGUGCACAGACGUGCCGCUGCGGGUUGCGCUCUUUUCAUGUUGCAAACGGGCUUCCGGAACGGAUACCGUUCGCAACCAGAGGUACCACUGUACCCACCCCGACUCCCAAACGCUGUACGGUGGUACCUCAGGUUACAGACUCCGCUAACCCAGAAGUAGUACCUCGGGUUAAGAACUUUGCUUCAGGAUGAGAACAGAAAUCGUGCGGUGGCAGCGAGAGGCCCCAUUAACUAAAGUGGUGCUUCAGGUUAAGAACAGUUUCAGGUUAAGAACGGACCUCCGGAACGAAUUAAGUACUUAACCUGAGGUACCACUGUACUGUAUGUUAAGUCUUGCAGCCUCAUCUGAAGGCUACCUUAUCUAAACAGAAUCUGUUUAGAUAAGUUUUUAAUGUUAGAUGCUUUAUCAUGUUUUUAAUAUUCUGUUCAGAGCCGCCCAGAGUGGCUGGGGAAACCCAGCCAGAUGUAUGUAUGUAUGUAUGUAUGUAUGAAUAAUUAAAUUAAAUUAAAUUAAAUUGAUAAAAAUAUAUUCCCGGGUGUCACCACCACUGGAACCCUGCACUUUGUUGGUGUCAACUUUGACCUCCAUGCACUAACGGAAGUUGGAGCGGGGCACCCAGAGAAAAUCUUAUAGCUCCUUCCCUUCCAUUUUUACUUUGCAUGAAGUCCCUUCAAGUUCAGUUUCUCCUAUUAAGACCAAAAGCCUUAAUAGGUAGGAAUGGAUGAAUCUGUCAGCAUUUUAGCUUGGAUUUCUCAUAAUGUUUGUAUGCCAUUUUUACUGUAAUAAACGCAUUUUUGCAAGUAGUUUCCCCCUAAUACAAUGCAUUUGUGUACAUACUUUUCACGUGUAUAUUCAUUUUUUGCACACUUACCUAGUGUCUAUGCAUUUUUGUGUACACAUUACUUGGUUGGAGGAGUGUGGAUUUUGAAGAACGACUGUGCUUUCGGUGUGCAUAUUGUUGAAGAAGAACAAAUUGGGUAGAUUCACAUUUUGUAUUCUUCUGACCUAUUUCUAGAGCUGGUGAAGAAGUUAGCAGAGCUUUUGUCUUCUCCAAUAGCCAAUAAUGAUGAUGAUGAUGAUAAUCAUCAUCAUCAUCAUCAUCAUCAUCAUCCAAACACACCCUGCCCCAAAGUAACCUUGAUCUUGCACAAAAGAAAGCUGAACUUUGUGAUUGAAUAAGCUAUGCAAAUUGGCUGUGCUUGUACUAAUUCUGUGGGUUACAAGGAGCACAGAGGAAUUUUGUAAGCCACGCUUUAAAUUGUAGUGUAGUGCCACGCAAGGAUUCAGGCUGAAAUGGCGCUGGUGGGGAUUCCCGUUCAGCACCACCAAAUAGGAAUGCAUUAGUCCAUUUUAAAAAAUCUUUAACAAUUCUGCUUUGCUAGUAGACUCCAUGAGAAACCUGCCUGGAGUUUUCAUUGAUUCUAUUAGCCCAGCUUUCGGGCGAUAUACAUAUAUUCUACAAUUAAUUGCACUCUAGUUCCCUUCCGUUCAUAUUUUGCUCGCACUCAGCUGCACCAAGGGUUUUGUAGUAUUGAAGUUGCACAUGAGCGCUUCUACUAAUCCCUAUAUGUGUUUGAUUGAGCAAUUAUGGGAGAAUCUAGAACGGGGUCAGCAAACUUUUUCAUCAGGGGGCCGGUCCACCGUCCCUCAGACCUUGUGGGGGGCCAGACUAUAUUUUGGGUGGAAAUGAACGAAUUCCUAUGCCCCACAAAUAACCCAGAGAUUCAUUUUAAAUAAAAGCACACAUUCUACUCAUGUAAAAACACCAGGCAGGCCCCACAAAUAACCCAGAGAUGCAUUUUAAAUAAAAGGACACAUUCUACUCAUGUAGAAACACACUGAUUCCUGGACUGUCCGCGGGCGGCAUUUAGAAGGCGAUUGGGCCGGGGCCCUGGGCCUUAGUUUGCCUUCUCAUGAUCUAGAAUAUGAGUUGAAUCCACAGUGGGAAGCUUUGUGGGUCUUGGUAAAUCUCUCUACUGUUUUUCGAACACAAUUUGUGGCGCCUUUCAUGCUUCAGCGUGUCCUAGCCAGAAUUGUUUUUUUGCAUGACUUUAUUAUUUGCAGUUUUAUAAGCUAAGUGCAGGGUUUUUGUGUUGUGUUUGUGUGUGCUUGCGGGGAGGGUGGCUGGAGGUUACAACAGAGCUUUUAUGCAAUUGCCAAUCAGUAUAUCUCUCUCUCCUCUUUUCCACCUACCUACUUGUCUCUCGGCAAGUGGCAAAGGUUCUCUGCAGGAGCCACUAAUGGGGAAAGCUAAGAGCACCCUUGGGGUAAACUUUGAAGGGCUGGCUUUUUAAUGCAGGCUGAUGGCCACAUUUCUUUCUCUUUUCCCCCCAAUUUUUUUUUAUUCAUUUUAUAAUACAAAUAAAGCACACAAACAGAAAAACAAGAAAUACAAACAAAUUCUUGUCAUAUCCUUUUUUUUUCUAAACAUUGUUAAAUGGGCUUCCCCAAGUCCCACCUAUGUGAUUUUCAUAUUACUUCAUCUUUAGCAGUUUACAUAUACAGUGGUACCUCGGCUUACAUACGCUUCAGGUUACAUACGUUUCAGGUUACAGACUCCGCUAAUCCAGAAAUAGUGCUUCAGGUUAAGAACUUUGCUUCAGGAUAAGAACAGAAAUCGGGCUCUGGCGGCACGGCAGCAGCAGGAGGCCCCAUUAGCUAAAGUGGUGCUUCAGGUUAAGAACAGUUUAAGUUUAAGAACGGACCUCCGGAACGAAUUAAGUACUUAACCCGAGGUACCACUGUAUCAUAGUUCUAACCAUCUUUUUUUUUAUUACACUUAAGAUAACUUCACAUUAUAUCGCUUACAAAUAACAUUAUUUUAAAACACACUAUCUUCUACUUCUAACCCUACAGCCUAUAUCCACUUCCAAAGCUAUUCUAAGAUUUAAAUAUUAACAUAUUUUUUCAAAUAUUCCUUACACUUCUUCCAGUCUUCUUCCACCGUCUCUUCUCUCUGGUCUCGGAGUCUCCCGGUCAGUUUGGCAAGUUCCAUAUAGUCCAUCAUCUUCAUCUGCCAUUCUUCGAUAGUUGGUAAAUCUUGUUUCUUCCAAUUCUUUGCUAGCAAUAUUCUCACGGCUGUUCUGGCAUACAGAAAAAAAGUAACAUUCUUUUUGGGGGAUUUCACACCGAUAGCCUGGGAGUACGCAGGCUAAGACCCUACCUGCCCGCGGACUGCCUCGCCAGAGUGGUGCAUGCUCUAGUUAUCUCCCGCUUGGACUACUGCAAUGCGCUCUACGUGGGGCUACCUUUGAAGGUGACCCGGAAACUACAAUUAAUCCAGAAUGCAGCAGCUAGUCUGGUGACUGGGAGUGGCCGCCGGGACCACAUAACACUGGUUCUGAGAGAUCUGCAUUGGCUCCCAUUACGUUUCCGAGCACAAUUCAAAGUGUUGGUGCUGACCUUUAAAGCCCUAAACGGCCUCGGUCCAGUAUACCUGAAGGAGCGUCUCCACCCCCAUCAUUCAGCCCGGACACUGAGAUCCAGCGCCGAGGGCCUUCUGGCGGUUCCCUCAUUGCGAGAAGUGAGGUUACAGGGAACCAGACAGAGGGCCUUCUCAGUAGUGGCACCCGCCCUGUGGAACACCCUCCCUUCAGAUGUGAAGGAAAUAAGCAGCUAUCUUCUCUUUAAAAGACAUCUGAAGGCAGCCCUGUUCAGGGAAGUUUUUAAUAUUUAAUGCUGUAUUGUUUUUAACACUUGAUUGGGAGCUGCCCAGAGUGGCUGGGGAAACUCAGCCAGAUGGGCGGGGUAUAAAUAACAAAUUAUUAUUAUUAUUAUUAUUAUUAUUAUUAUUAUUAUUAUUAUUAUUUUCCGGGGGGAAAUGCACGAAUUCCUAUGCCCCACAAAUAACCCAGAGAUGCAUGUUAAAUCAAAGGACACAUUCUACUCAUGUCAAAACACACUGAAUCCCAGACCGUCCGUGGGCCGGAUUGAGAAGGCGAUUGGGCCGCAUCCGGCCCCGGGGCCUUAGUUUGCCUACCCCUGCCUUAAACAAUAAUUCUCAUUUAAACUUUCCCAUUAAUACUGAUGCCUUUCGGGGAGAAACUCUCGCCAUUGUUUUAUUUUUAGCUGAGUUUUUGAAACCACGGGCUCAUUCCAGACCUAACCUCUGGGUCCACCACACACACACACCGGUUUUAGCCAAAUCAUGACCCCCUCCAUAAUAGUCAUUUCAGGUGGAAACAUCAUGAAAGGCCAGGGGGUCAGUCCCCCUCUGCCCGUCUCCUCUGCCAAUCACAUUUCAGAACAUGUCCUACUGUUUCAAAGGCGGCCCUCCAGACCUCUGGUCUGGCCCUUGACAUUCUGCUCCAUUUUCCCUUGAGAUGUGUGAUGGUGUAGAAAUGAUCCUACACUUUAAAGUUUAAAAAAUUAACAGUAAUUGCUCUGAUCACUUUUGUCUCCCGCCCAUCACUUGUAUUCGGCCCCCGGAUGCUUGCUGAGAAGCGAUGUGGCCCCUGAGCUGCAAAAAAUAUUCCUCUACUGCUGCGUUAGUGGACCAAACCUUCCCACUUGGGUUUUUUGUGGAUAGUUAGAUCACUGCAGGUGGUGACAGCAGUCACGAAAUUAAAAGACGCCUGCUUCUUGGGAGAAAAGCGAUGGCAAACCUAGACAGCAUCUUAAAAAUCAGACACAUCACCUUGCCCACGAAGGUCCGUAUAGUGAAAGCUAUGCUUUUCCCAGUAGUGAUGUAUGGAAGUGAGAGCUGGACCAUAAAUUAGGCUGAUCGCCGAAGAAUUGAUGCUUUUGAAUUAUGGUGCUGGAGGAGACUCUUGAGAGUCCCAUGGACUGCAAGAAGAUCAAACCUAUCCAUUCUUAAGGAAAUCGGCCCUGAGUGCUCACUGGAAGGACAGAUCCUGAAGCUGAGACUCCAAUACUUUGGCCACCUCAUGAGAAGAGAAGACGCCCUGGAAAUGUUGGGAAAGAUGGAGGGCACAAGGAGAAGGGGACGACAGAGGACGAGAUGGUUGGAUACUGUUCUCGAAGCUACCAGCAUGAGCUUGACUAAACUGCGGGAGGCAGUGGAAGACAGGAGUGCCUGGCGUGCUCUGGUCCAUGGGGUCACGAAGAGUCGGACACGACUAAACAACUAAACAACAACAACAACAAGAAGCAGGAAAUGUUGGAGGCAAGGAAGUGGUUUUCUCCAUGAAAAUUCUGGUACAAUCUUUUUUUAUUCAGUUUUACACUACACAUUUAAAUUCAAACAUUAGACAUCACCAUCAGCAUUUAGGAUUCCCUUACUUCUUAGAUCCCUUCCACCCUUCCAUGGUUUCCAUGUUCAAUCUUUUUCAACUGCAUUACAUAUUUUCUCUGUUUUUCUUAAAUCAUCCAUUUUUACCUUAGUUUUUAGUACAUUACAAGCGUGACUCAAAUCCUGCCCAAAGUUUUUAGCUGUUUACAGUGUUCUCUUAAGUAAAUUUUUGCCAUUUCAUGGACUUCUCCACGAAAAUUCUGGUGUCCUCUGAGACGUAUUCCUUGCGAGUUGCUCUUGGCCACCACUUUUUAAAAAUAAAAUAUAAUUAAUAAUAAUAAUAAUAAUAAUAAUAAUAAUAAUAAUAAUAAUAUAAAAUAAUAAAAUAAUAAAAUAAAAAUAAAAAUAAAAUAAAAUAAAAUAAAAUAUAUCCAUUCUGCUAGCUCUCAUGACUGCAGAGGCAGGCUUUGAAAACUGGGGCUGAAGUCUCUGCAUGGGAAUCGCUUCCCCUGCGCUGGUUGUUUCCAAGUUCACACGGCAGAUUUGCCAGCUGGAAAACGAUUGCCAAAUCUUGGCACUUCAGAAGAACCUUUCCUCCGCGCGCGAGGGGCAAGGUGCCGCAGUUAUGCUAAGAGUCUUCCGAGUGGCGGGCACAGAGCCCAGCUGAAUCAUGUAUAAUCCCUUGCUUGAAGGAAGGGACGGCUUUUCACCUACUCAAAGCUCCCUGCUUACACAGCUGAGAUUUGAACAAGCCAGUUUUCAGCUGAGAGGACCUGGGGGCCUAACUCUCCUCUCCCCUCUAUUUUGGGGGAAGCUUGCUUAUUUUGAAGUCCACAAGAUUUCUACUCCUUGCAGUUAUUUUAUUUGUCAGAUUUACAGCCGCCGCCACCACUCCUGCUGGUUUUCAAUCGAUUAUUUGAUUAAGGUUUAUGGAGAAAAAUACAAAACUUAAUAUCUUUCUCUUUUUUUACCCAAACAAAGAUUUUGAUCCAGAUCUGUGGUUCCCAAUGUGGGGCACAGACCCCACAAUUUGAUUUUAAGGGGAGCAAUUUGAUUUUUAAGGGGGGCAAUUCGAGAAUGAGUUAUUAACAGUGAAUGGCCUUUUAGGCUUCCUCCAUGUGACUAGGAGUUCACUUUUUGAAUAAUAAGAAUUAUAUGUCACGGGGGGGAGCGUCAGGAUUUUAGAGAUGCUUAGAUGGUGCAUGGCCAAAAAAGGUUGGGAACCACUGAUCUAGAUACAAUAAAACAUAAAAGGAGGGGUGGGAGAGAGAAAGGAAUAGAAGGAGGGAAGGAGAAAGAGAGAAAGAAAGAAAGAAAGAAAGAAAGAAGAAAAGAAAAGAAAGGUUGAAAGAUAAAGAUAGAAAAAAUAAGAUUCAAAAAUUAAAUAUUAUUGUUGGAAACCUGCUCAUCUCUAAAAGAAAUAUAAAAUGUCAGUUCUGGUGGUUUUCUCCGCUUUCUAGGAAGUAAUCUAAAAGGUUCCUGUGCAGAAGGAAUGGGGAACCUAAACCCCACCCCCCCAAGCUAGUGCUGGAGACCCAGCUCCCAUCAUCUUGUUGGAAGUGUAGCAGGGACCAUUCAGUUUAAUUCUGUUAGUGCUAAAGUCAGCUAGCCCAAAGGUGGGAACUGGUUGAAGCGUUGCUUAGCAACCAAGCUGAGCAGCACGAUAUUCACUGAGGCAGCACGUGAUUGGCUAUGUCGUUCUGAGGGAGUUUUCCCUCUGUAUAUUUGAUUGCCUGUCUGCCUGCUAUGUGUAAGGCCUGAAGGUAAGGCAGACGAUAUUUCUCCCUUUCUCCUCAAAUAAUAAAAUAUUUUUGUUCAGUUUGUGGAGAACACACAUUCCUCUUUUUCUGGACUCCAUCUAUGCUGUUUAAUUGACUUUGCUAACACAGCCCUGAGUGCUGGCCAUACAGGUUGGGGCGGAUGGUAGUUAAGAGACCAAUAGCAUCUGGAACGCCAUAGAUUCCCUACCUUUGUUAUACAGGCUGGGGCAACAAUUGUUCUUGGCUCUUGAUUUAUUCUCAAGGUGAUCUUUGGCUCCAUCCCUACACAAAAUAUUUUAAGCAGGUGCUAAAUAACUGGGCGAUAUAUCAAUAAUACCAUCCAAAAGCAGUUUGAAGUCCAUAUAGUCAUACCGGUUUCAUAAUUUCUGACCUGGCUAUUGAUCACAAAUCACGAUGGGUGAAAACCCCACACACAGGGGGAAAACCCCCCCGCUAUAAAUAAGUCAUAAAUUAAAUCAUUAUAACGAAAGAAAAAGAAAAAAACUAUGUAAAAUCGCAUAGAAAAAUUUUCUGCUCUGCAGCGCCACCUGGUGUUGCAUGUUUAUAACACAUUCUAAACAUUGUUUUUUGACUAAUGUAGCUGAGUCCUGUGUGCGUGCGCUGUGCAAAAAUUACAACAUGGGGAAAACCACGAAGCCAGCUAAUGCUUCUCUCGAUUCCUGCAGCCCCUGUUAACUCAACCGGAUCAGCUUUCCCCAGCCUCACGAAGGGGGGGGGGCAGUGAACCACAAGAGCAGGCGCCGGCAAAAAUCACAAUGCAGGAAAAGGCAUUGCGAUAUAUUAGUAUACAGUGGUAUCUCAGAUUAAGUGCUUAAUUCGUUCCGGAGGUCCGUUCUUAACCUGAAACUGUUCUUAACCUGAAGCACCACUUUAGCUAAUGGGGCCUCCUGCUGCCGCCGCUCCACCGGAGCACGAUUUCUGUUCUUAUCCUGAAGCAAAGUUCUUAACCCGAGGUACUAUUUCUGGGUUAGCGGAGUCUGUAACCUGAAGCGUAUGUAACCCGAGGUACCACUGUAUUGUGAUAUUCCUAGGAUUUUUAAUCCUUUAAGCACUUCUGCCUAGUCUGUGCCUACGUUCUCCUUUGGUUACCAAAGUAAAAAUAAAUAAAUAAGCACUUCUCCGGUUGUGCAUAUACAGCCAGUCGAAGAUGGAGUGAACUGUGGUCCUGGAAUCCACAUAUUCAGACCACUCGCACUCAUCAGUCUGGGAUUUGAACUAAGAUUUACUGAACUGGGAUAGAGCUCUGUUGCAAGAAGCAUUUGCUCAAGGCUGGGCUGUGUUGCCAUAGUUGAGUUUCGGGCUUCCUGGGGUAUUGCAUCCCAAAGAGUCAGCCUGAAGAAAGAUCCUUUUGUUCAGCCCACUCUGUGCAAGGCAGGGUUCAGCGGUUUCUUUCUUGGGGGAGCCGAGAGUUGCUGAACAGCAGCCCUGGAGGACAGCAACACAAUAGGGAAAGAUUUAGCGGCUUAAAGUCAAAACCACCCAUUGUUUCAGCCAAGCAGUGCUUAGGUCGGCCUGGGGCACACACAUUCUCAUGUGUCAGCCUGAGCAGAAUGUUAAGUGGCCUUUCCCCUUAAAAAAGAGCUAGAGAAAGAUUCUAGUCCUCAUGGGACAAAAGGACCAAAUUAAAUAGGAACAUGAGAGGGAGUCCAGCUCAGUACUGGCAACAGCUCUCCAGAGUAACAGACGGGGAUAUUUCAAGGCUUGUAGUAGGGAUGUUCUUUUGGGAGGGAGAGGCAUAGCUGUCAACUUACAGAUUUGAAAAUAAGGGACCAGCAGCCUUGAAAAUAAGGGACCAGCAGCCAAAAUAAGGGACCUGCAGCCUCACCUGUUCCAGGCACUCCAGUCUUCCUGUCCUCCUGCAGUCUGGUCAAACUCAUGCUGGUAGCUUCGAGAACACUGUCCAACCAACUUUGUAACCAGAGGUUCAACUGAAUAGAAUCUGAAUCACAUGCACCACAAGGCCUAUGCAGCCUCAACUUAGGAUGGCUCCCCGGCCUGGCUUUGCACUGCAAAGUUUGCAGCAGCACGUGCAACAAAAUGGCAUCCAACAUUCAAAAACCCCUUCAGCUUGCAUUAACUAGCCAUGCACGAGGCAUGCAAGCUCCACCCCCCAGUCGUUCUUAGACUUCUUAUUGGGUGAGCAACACAGCCAAGCAACACAGUUGGAGCCUCCCUCCUCCCUGGCCGGCAGGGAGGGAGGGAGAGGAGCUGCUUCCUUUGAGAUUUAAGGGAAAUCAUUUAAGGGACAUUUAAGGGACAUCCAUCAAUAAGGGACAUGGCGCUGGAAUAAGGGACUGUCCCUUCAAAUAAGGGACACUUGGCAGCUAUGGGGAGAGGAUAAUUUUUAUUAGAUUUUAUUGUUGUUGCUGUAUAGCCAUUUAGUCGUGUCCGACUCUUCGUGACCCCCUGGACCAGAGCAUGCCAGGCGCUCCUGUCUUCCACUGCCUCCCGCAGUUUGGUUAAACUCAUGUUGGUAGCUUUGAGAACACUGUCCAACCACCUCGUCCUCUGUCGUCCCCUUCUCCUUGUGCCCUCCAUCUUUCCCAACAUCAGGGUCUUUUCCAGGGAGUCUUCUCUUCUCAUGAGGUGGCCAAAGUAUUGGAGCCUCAGCUUCAGGAUCUGUCCUUCCAGUGAGCACUCAGGGCUGAUUUCCUUCAGAAUGGAUAGGUUUGAUCUUCUUGCAGUCCAUGGGACUCUCAAGAGUCUCUUCCAGCACCAUAAUUCAAAAGCAUCAAUUCUUCGGUGAUCAGCCUUCUUGAUGGUCCAGCUCUCGCUUCCAUACAUCACUACAAAGAUUAUUAUCAAAUAUCUUUUUGUUCUCCAGACUAAAACACUAACCUAGAUAAAAUAAAUACAUAGAUCCAGAGGGAAAGAAAGAAAAAAGAAGGGGAGGGAAAGAAAGAGAGAUAGAAGAAAGAUUAAAAGAGAGAGACAUGGGUCCAACUGCGACCACGUGGAGAUCUCUGGAUGCUGGGUUCGUGAUCGACAUCUCCAUCUGACUGGCGCCUCCAGCUUUCUUAAGCAGAAAAGCUAAUUUAGUGCAUCUUUAAUCCACCUUUUUCGACAAGGAGCCCGUGGUUCCUCACCUCCUUCCUCAGUUAAUUGCUGCAACGACCCUGUGAGAUAGGCCAGGAGGCUGAGACUGACUCCAUGGUUCACCCAGGGAGCUUCAUGACCGAGUGGGGAUUUGAACCCUCAGCUCCCAGGUCCUAGUCUGACACUCUAACCGCUAUCCCACACUGCCUUCCCAGAAUACUUCUGCUAUGGGGCAGCUGUAUAAAGUAGGCCGAUAAAUAUGUGGAAAGCAAAACGUCACUUAGAGAAGGAUCUGAAAUAUUUUCCUAGAAGCUUGAAAUUGUUUCUAUUCUGGAUUGUUUUAUUUGAUGUUUUAAUGUGCUUUGAGGUUUGUUCUUUAAAAUAUAAAGUGGUAUAGGAAUGAAGUAAUAAUGACUAUAAUAAUAAUAGACUUCAUUGGAAAAAAUGGCACAGGACAGGGGUAGCAAACAUGGUUCCCUUGAGAUAUUAUUGGAACAUUGUUAGACUUGAAUUGGUUUUACUUUGCAUUGUUAUGUUGGUUGUUUUAAUGUGUUGCAAACCGUUUUGAGAUUCCCCCCCCCCUUAAAAUACAAAGCUGUCUAGAAAUGAAAGGAAUAAUAAUAAUAACAAUUAUUAUUAUAAAUUUCACUGCAAAAAAAUUAAAUAAAAGGGUGGCUAGACCAUUCCAUUGUGGCGACCGUAACCUAGGUUUAAUGUGCCAUUUGACGAUAAGCUUUAUAUAUUUGGGUUUCUAGCACCGUAUUUGAGGGUUUGAAGAAUCUUGCUUCUAUGUUGUGAGAAGUAACGGAGCUGGCAAACUCCCAAAGUCCAGCCUUUUAUAUUUCCCUCCGUCAGACGGCGGGAACAAGGGCCAAGUUGGAUCAAUGCGGGGGGGUUUUCCCCCAACCCGAAAAUAAUAGAGAGGCCUCACUUUGGAGCCCUGUUGCCUUUUUAAGAAUGGAAGACCCUUUUGAAAGCAGGCGUAAUCUUUUGCUAGACCAGGUCAAGGAGAUGAGAGAGCUCCCAGGCUUGGGGGGCGUGAGAAGAAUCUGGAGGAGGAAUGGCUGCUGUUUUAUUCUGAGUGCACCCAGAACUAGUUUAUCAGGUAACAGGAUAAGCGGCCAGAAACAAGCAUUCAAAUAGACUUGAUUCAGUCCCUGCCCUGUAGAAAAUCUCUCUAGUGAGAGGCGCCUUGAAAUCUUGUUGCUCUAAAAAACAACAACACGUUCCAUUCAGCUCAGAUUUAAGGUUAGGGCAGCUAGCUGGCCUAAUUCACAGGGGACCAUCGUCCUUUUAAAGUGCUGCCCGGUUUAAAGACUUUUGAAAAAUUAAAUAUUGUUAUCAUUCCUGUUCUGUGCUCCUGCAAUUUUUUUCUUUUUCUUUUUUGCAUUUGACUUUGUUCUGCGAUAAUUUUUGGGUGUCGUUCAGAGAUUUCUUUCAAUUAUGAAUCAAUAUAUAUACAGUGGUACCUCGGGUUAAGUACUUAAUUCGUUCUGGAGGUCCGUUCUUAACCUGGAACUGUUCUUAACCUGAAGCACCACUUUAGCUAAUGGGGCCUCCCGCUGGAGCACAAUUUCUGUUCUCAUCCUGAAGCAAAGUUCUUAACCCGAGGUACUAUUUCAGGGUUAGCGGAGUCUGUAACCUGAAGCAUUUGUAACCUGAAGCGUAUGUAACCUGAGGUACCACUGUAUAUAUAAAUUAACGUAAUAAUAGUUCUUUUAAUUGGGUGAAUCAUAAAUAAUAAAAAUUGUCCUGGGGCACGGUGGGCUCCCCCUCCUUUUCCAUUUUUUAAAUGAUGGUGUUGUGUUUUGUGUAAACAGCUUAGGGAUUUCACACGUUAAGCGGCGUGCGAAUAUUGUAAAUAAAUUAAAAGCGAUCUCGCUUGCAUUUCCAUGCUUGUGCCAGGAUUCUGGGAAAUGUGGUUUGUUCAGAGUGCAGAAAUUUGGCAUGCAAUCCCCUGUCCCCUUCACAGAGCUAAAAUUCACAGCGUGGUUUCCAUUUCUGUGGAAAUUGUAGGUCUGUAUUGGGACUGGGUGAUCUCCCAACAACUUUUAGUGCCCUGGACAAAACUCUACAGUUCCCAGGGUUCUUGGAGGGAGGCUGUGGCUGUUUGAAGUGGUAUGAUGCUGUUUUGAAUAUUCAGAUGGGAGCCUCUUUCUGCCAUCCUUAGCUACCUGAAAUUCUCAUUUCUGUAAACGGGCCAUCUCUGGGAUAGAUCAGCUGGAAGAGCAUGAGACACGGAAUCUCAGGCUCUUGGAUUCGAGACUCACAUUGGGCAAAGGAAUGAGGAAUGAAUGAAUCUUUAUUUGCGUCAGCCAUAGCAAUAAAACAACUGUACAAUAUACAAAGAAUAGAAAUAAAAAGUCAAUUAUAUUAAAUACAUUUUAGAGUUUUGAAUCAAUAGUCAAGCAGUGGAUCUUAUUCUGAUUGCCCCAGCUAAAAACCUUGCAACCUUUGCUGUCACCUGCUCAUCUUGAUCUGCCAAGAGAACGGACACUGUGGCAGUGGCUGGGCGACCCGGAAUGGACAAUAAAAGAGGGGUGAUAAUCUCAUUCCUCAAGUCUUUAUAAAGAGCGCAAGCCAGCAGGACAUGUGCCACCAAUUCAGUACUGCCAUCUCCACAGGGACACAAGCGUUUUUUGUGUGGAAUCUGUAGGAAUCGUACCUCAAGUACAGCCAAGGGCAAUACAUUAAAUCUUGAGAGAGUAAAAGCAUGUCUAUAUUUUGGAAUUCCUAGGUGAUGCAGAGAGGGUGCCAGAGAGUCGAAAUGGGAAGGCGCAAAAUAGUCAUACCAUGGGCAAAAUUUCCUUAUUGUGGCCAAGUUGUUCUGACGCUCGAUACCAUUUAGGCGUGGGCAAAUUAGACUGUUUGCUUUACUAAAACCCAAAGUGAGUAGCUGUUGUGGUGAUAAACCACAAGGGUGAAGUUUUUGAUAGACGGUUUUAGUCCAGGCGCUCUUGUGACAAUCUUGCAGCACUAGGGACAUUAGACCGGGGGGAUCUAAGUUUAGGUGAAGCUAAUUGUUAGGUGUCCUACGCCAGAUCCACAUUGGGCAAAAGAUUCCUGCAUUGCAGGGGGUUGGACUAGAUGACCGCAUGAUCCCUUCCAACUCGGCAGUUCUGUAAUUUUUCCACCCACCCUCCCCUGUUAAAAAUCUUUCAGCGGUUGUGUGGGCCAUCUCUCAAAGUCUGGCGCAGGAACAAUCUGUGGUGCUUUCAGUGCUGAAAGCCAGUCCCGGGGGCCAAUUCCUCAUUUAAUCGAAUUUUCAGCAUGCAUGGAAUAUUUCCCCCUUGCGGGCCCACCGACAGCUUUGUCAUCAUCGUGAGACCUGAAAGCCUGCUCAGCUGAUGCAGAUCCUGUUUCCUCCUAAUUUCCUGGCCUGGGCGUUGACUGGGCAUGCUCCUGUCCCAGCCAAUGGCAACGGGCAAAUGCCUGAGUCAUGCUUGGGUGGUGUGUUCCUUUUGGUGAAUGAUAGUAGAGGAAAGAAUGACUCGGCCAGUUGACAGGGUCAGGACGUGAAGGCGGAUUUCCAUAGCCACAGAGGGAGGUCAGGUUUCAGGAAGGUCUCUGUGUGGGGGCCGACCAGCUGGAGAUUACAAAUAUAGCACAUCAAAGCUGUUCACAUGCAUAGGCUGCCGGACGCGCCUGAUUUUUGGAACAUGACUGUGCUAAAAGUUAUGAGGAGAGCUGUUUUCUUGCUGCUGAGAACCAAUGGGGUCUAGCAGUCAGAGUUUUGCACUUGGGGUGGCAAAAGAGCCGGAUUCAAAUCCGCACGCAGCCAUGGAGCUCACUGGGCCAGUCUUGGACGAAAUAAUAAUAAUAAUAAUUUAUUAUUUAUACCCCGCCCAUCUGGGUUUCCCCUGCCAGUCUGGGCGGCUUCCAACAGAACACAGAAGAAACUUUCAAACAUUAACAACUUUCCUGAACAGGGCUGCCUUCAGAUGUCUUCUAAAAGUCAGAUAGUUGUUUAUUUCCUUGACAUCUGGUGGGAGGGUGUUCCACAGGGCAGGCACCACUACCAAGAAGGCCCUCUGCCUGGUUCCCUGUAACCUCACAUCUCACAGUGAGGGAACCGCCAGAAGGCCCUCAGAUUUUGACCUCAGUGUCCGGGCUGAACAAUGGGGGUGGAAACACUCCUUCAGGUAUACUGGACCGAGGCCGUUUAGGGCUUUAAAGGUCAGCACCAACACUUUGAAUUGUGCUCGGAAAUGUACUGGGAGCCAAUGUAGGUCUUUCAGGACCGGUGUUCUAUGGCCUUGGCGGCCACUCCCAGUCACCAGUCUAGCUGCCGCAUUCUGGAUUAAUUGCAGUUUCCGGGUCACCUUCAAAGGUAGCCCCACAUAGAGAGCAUUGCAUAGUCCAAGCGGGAGAUAACCAGAGCAUGCACCACUCUGGCAAGACAGUCCGCGGGCAGGUAGGGUCUCAGCCUGCGUACCAGAUGGAGGUAGUAGAAAGCUGCCCUGGACACAGAAUUAACCUGCGCCUCCAUGGACAGCUGUGAGUCCAAAAUGACUCCCAGUCUGCGCACCUGGUCCUUCAGGGGCACAGUUACCCCAUUCAGGACCAGGGAGUACUCCACACCUGCCCACCCCCUGUCCCCCAAAAACAGUACUUCUGUCUUGUCAGGAUUCAACCUCAAUCUGUUAGCCGCCAUCCAUUCUCUAGACAACCACUCUCUUUCUCCAUGUCACUACAGGAUGAUAUUCUUGGCUAAUGCGUUUUGCAAUCCUAUCUGAUGUUUGCUUGCGAAAUCUGGAAGUUUUGAGCAGGGGAGAGGUUGGGUUAGGUUAGAGGCGGCUGAAAUGAUAGCUGAUCACAAAGGAUAGAAAAUGCCUGGCAGCAGCUUACAACAUCUGUCUCAUUAAGUGUUCUGCAACUAAUGAGGAUUAAUGCACACGGGAAGCCUAUAAAAUGAAUGAGGGAUCCUUUUUUAUUUCCAACCACAGUGCGGUUCCCAGAGUGACAUAAGAGUCAAUCCCCCUUCAGGGGAAACUCUGGGGAAUUGUAGCUCUGUGAGAGAACUAGGGGUCUCCUAAAAACAAUAAGCGCUGAAGCUCACAGGGUCUCCUCAGGCCAGUCACUUUCUCUCAGCCUAACCUACCUCAAAGGGUUCUUGUGAGUAUAAAAUGAAGAAGAAGAGGAAAGGUGGGAUAUAAACGUAAAUACAGUGGGAUCUCAGUUUUUGAGUGUCUCAGAAGCCGGACGUUUCAGUUUUUGAACGCCGAAAACCCGGAAGUAAUUGCUUCCGUUUUCAAACGCGCCUUGGAAGUUGAAUGGCUUCUGAGGCGCAUUUCUCAGUUUUCUCAAUUGAAUUUUCCAACCACCCAUUGCACCUCGGUUGUUGAACAUUUCGGAAGUCAAACGGUCUUCCAGAAUGGAUUACGUUCAACAAUUAAGCUUCCACUGUAUCAAUAAAUAAAUGUGAGGGUUGAGAGGACUGAGUGUUCCUUCACAGAAGUUUCAAGAAAAGGGUUGUCACAGAAAAGAGUUCUAGCCUAGCAGUCUCCCCGACAUGCUAGAUUUCUGUGUGCAUAAUUUUUGUUGUUGUUGUUGUUAUUGUUAUUGUUAUUGUUAUGGGGGAGGAGUCCAUUAUGUUGAUCACCCACUUGCAGUUUCCAAUGGGAUAUCCCAGAUUGGGUAUUGCUACCUUCAGGAAGUAUUCAGCUGAACCCAAUAUUGCCUUAUUCAUUUAAUGUGGGAGUGUUUGAACUUCUCAGUGUUUUCUACAUCUGAUUUUCCACCGCCAGGACGGGAUACCAGACUAGAUGGGCCUUUGGCCUGAUCCAGCUGGGCUCUUCUUAUGUUAUGUCCUUGCAAAACCAUAUCGUCUUGGUUUAUAUUCUCAAAUAUUUUGCGAACUUGGCCAUGGAUGCGAUUUCCAAUUCUUUAUCAUACAAUGGUGGCACUUUGACACCACUGUGGUUACUGGGGAGCUCAGGAGCCAAGAUGACAAGAUCUUUAAAAAAAGAAUGGGGAAAGUGUAUAAUUUAUAUACAAGAUCAUUGUAAGCAGGUUAAAACAUUAGCAGGAUUUUAAACAUACUUGUAAUGUACGGAUAAUUUAGAAAGACUAAAAAUUGGAGUAGUAUUGAUAUGCAGUGGAAAAUAGUAACAAUAGGACCACGGAAGGGAUUUGGGGGGGGGGGAGUCAGGAGAUUAAGAGUAAUCUCGACAUUUGGAUUUGGAAUUGAUUUGUUUAUAUGUUUGAAAAUCAAAUACAAAUUUAUUUCCAAAAAAGAGACACCAUUGGUCUCUGCUGGAUGAAAUACAAUUGCCUCUGGUCUAUAUUUUGGGAAUCCCGCAAUGUGUUUUAAGUUUUUACUCUGCUAACUAUAUGUUGGAAUCUACUCUGGAUGAAUAUUGAGUAGAAUUUCCAUGACAAAGGUAUGCUCACCCAGGGAGAAGGCGAAAAGAGUGUUGAUGCAAUUCUUUUGGAAAUGGGGGGUUGUUUUUAUUUUGCUUUGCUUUAUUUUUUCCCCUAGGUGGCAUCGCUGGCGGCAUUGAGAUUUGCAUUACAUUCCCCACAGAGUAUGUGAAAACGCAGCUUCAGCUGGAUGAGAAAGCAAACCCGCCCCGCUACAAAGGAAUUGGUAAGUCUUCACCAGGCAGCAGGACUGAAACCCACUAGAUCUCUCAGUGUCCGUUGUCUGCUCCAAACCGAUUCCCGCAAGCAAACCGAAACAUGACUCUGGCCAGGCUGUUCAGAGAGGUGCCAUAGGAGAAGAGCCACAUUUUGCAGGUGGAUGAAUGUGUGGUUAUUUACUUGGUUAUUUAAACAAUUAAAUAUUGGGGUUUUGAGCAGGGAUAUGUACUAGCUUCAUGCAGCCCUUCAAGUGGACGCGGGAGGCGCUGUGGGUUAAACCACAGAGCCUAGGACUUGCCGAUCAGAAGGUCGGCGGUUCGAAUCCCCGCCACGGGGUGAGCUCCCGUUGCUCGGCCCCUGCUCCUGCCAACCUAGCAGUUCGAAAGCACACCAAAGUGCAAGUAGAUCGGCAGGAAGGUAAAUAGCUUUUCCAUUAAGAACGGACCUCCGGAACAAAUUAAGUACUUAACCCAAGGUACCACUGUAUUGUCAUAUCCAUAGGGACACAACCUUUUUUCCAUUGGGUUUUUUUUUUUUGAAAACGACCCUCAAGUACAACCGAAUCUUGCAACUCCAGAGUCGGUCACGACUGGACCUAAUGGUCAGGGGUCCCUUUACCUUUACCUUUUUAAUAACCUUAAUCCUCAAAUCUUUAUAAAGAGUGCAAUCCAGAAGCACAUGAGCCACUGACUCAAUACUGCCAUCUCCAUAGGGACACAACCUUUUUUCCAGUGGAUUUUUUUGGGAAAUCGACCCUCAAGUACAACUGAAUCUUGCGAAGGCGUGCCUGUAUUUUGGAAUUGUUUACAUUUUGCAAAUAGGGUGCCAAAGUGCCAAAAUGACUAGGUGGAAAAUAAUCAUACCACGGACAAAAUUUCCUUAUUGGACGCCGCAGGUCAUGGUGUGUGUGUGGGGGGGGGGUUUCCACCCCCUCCCUUAUUUAUCCAGCCCAAGGAAACAAAGCCCUUCAGGACCACCCUGUCCCUUGCAGCGUUCACUAGUGGCGUGCAAUGUAGCCGCUCAGUUGAGCCUGACGGAUGCCCCCUCACCCCCCCCUUAAUAUAGCCUUGAGCUCUGACCGUUCUACCAUACGAUAGCAAGAAGGAAAGGAGUGACUGGGGACCUCGUCUGCUGCAGGCAGUGGCUUGAUGACUCAUCGCCUAGCCUGUUUGCCCGGCUGACUCGCUAAGGAGGUUGGCGGCGUUCCAGCCUGGCUGGAGCGUGCCGGAUUUGCAACCGAUGAGACACGCUGUGCUGUAGAACCCCCUUAGCGGCUUGGCACCGGCGUCACUCUGCAGGUAGCAGCAGCACAGGGGCUGCUUGCAAUCCGGAGCCAUGGCAAGGAAAGGGAGAGUCGUGCGGGAAGAGCUGUGUGCCCACGUUAAAUUCGUGCAUGGACAAAAGGGGUCGUUGAAGUGGGCUUUGUGCUGUUCUGGUUUCCCGCUGCUCUUCAUGUUCCAUCUUCCCUCCCUGUCCUUCUGACGUAGCCAGAAACACACGAUUUAAAAGCAAGGGCUCGAGGGUAGCCAAGGAUACGGAGCAGUUCUGAUUUGGCAGGAUAAACACUCAGCUCCCCUUGUAGGUCAUCACAGGAGAGGCUGCAGAGUUUUCGGCCUGACGUGGCCUGUUUUGCAAACUCUCCGCAGGGCCGACCUUGACCACCCUGCAGAGAGCUAGUGGACUGAAGCAGUAGAAGCUAGUUUAUAUCAGGUCAGACUCUUUGUCCAUCUAAAGGUGAAGGGAACCCCUGACCAUUAGGUCCAGUUGUGGCCGACUCUGGGGUUGCGGCGCUCAUCUCGCUUUAUUGGCCGAGGGAGCCGGCGUACAGUUUCCGGGUCAUGUGGCCAGCAUGACUAAGCCGCUUCUGGCGAAUCAGAGCAGCGCAUGGAAACGCCGUUUACCUUCCUGCCACAGCGGAACCUGUUUAUCUACUUUCACUUUUGGCAUGCUUUCAAACUACUAAGUUGGAAGGAGCAGGGACCGAGCAACGGGAGCUCACCCCAUCGUGGGGAUUCGAACCACCGACCUUCUGAUCGGCAAGCCCUAGGCUCUGUGAUUUAACCCAUAGCGCCACCCGCGUCCCCUUUGUUCACCUAGCUGUGGUCUAAACCACUGAGCCUCUUGGGCUUGCCAAUUGGAAGGUUGGUGGAUCGGAUCCCUGCAACAGUUGUUGUUGUUGUUGUUAAUUAUUUAUACCCCACCCAUCUGGCUGGGUUUCCCCAGCCACUCUGGGCGGCUCCCAACAGAAUAUUAAGAACACAAUAAAACAUCAAACAUUAAAAACUUCCCUAAACAGGGCUGCCUCCAGAUGUCUUCUAAAAGUCAGAGAGUUGUUUAUUUCCUUGACAUCUGAUGGGAGGGUGUUUCACAGGGCGCGUGCCACUACCAUUGCUCUGUCCCAGCUCCUGCCAACCUAGCAGUUUGAAAGCAUGCCAGUGCAAGUACAGUGGUGCCCCGCAAGACGAAUGCCUCGCAAGACGGAAAACCCGCUAGACGAAAGGGUUUUCCGUUUUUGAGUUGCUUCGCAGGACGAAUUUCCCUAUGGGUUUGCUUCGCAAGAUGAAAAUGUCUUGCGAGUCUUGAGAUUUUUUUCCCGCUUUCCCCCCCUUUAUCUAAGCCGCUAAGCCUUUAAUAGCCUUUUAGCAGCUAAUCCGAUAAGCCUAUAAGCCUUUAAUAGCCGCUAAACCGCUAAUAGCGCUAAUCCGUUAAGCCGCUAAUAGGGUUGCUUCGCAAGACGAAAAAACCGCUAGACGAAGACUCUCGCGGAACGGAUUAAUUUCGUCUUGCGAGGCACCACUGUAGAUAAAUAGGUACCGCUGUGGCGGGAAGGUAAAUGGCGUUUCUGUGCGCUCUGGUUUCCGUUAUGGUGUUCUGUUGUGCCAGAAGUGGUUUAGUCCUGCUGGCCACAUGACCCAGAAAGCUGUCUGUGGACAAACGCUGGCUCCCUCGGCCCGAAAGCAAGAUGAGUGCCGCAACCGCAUCGUUGCCUUUGACUGGACUUAACUGUCCAGGGGUCAUUUACCUUCUUUACCUUUACCAUGUCCACACCAUACAGCUAAAGCAUUGCGGUACCACUUUAAACAGCCACAGCUCCCUCCAGAGAAUCCUGGGAGCUGUAGUAUGCUGAAGGUGCUGAGAGUUGUUGGGAGGCCCCCCUAUUCCCCUUACAGAACUACAUUUCCCAGAGUCCCCUGGGAGGAGGGAUUGAUUGUUAAACUGCUCCGGGAUUUGUGAAGGGAAUAAUAGCUCUCAGCAGCCUUAAACCACAGCUCCCAGAAUCCUUUGGGGGAAGCCACGACUGUUUAAAUGGCUUUCAAUAGUGCAUUAUAAAUGUAUGCCCUUUUUCCUGCCCACUCUCCCUUCCCGUUUUUGUUUUAUUUUCUGUAUACAUUUAAAACCCACCUUUCAUCCAAGGGGGACGCGAGUGGCGCUGUGGGUUAAACCACAGAGCCUAAGACUUGCCGAUCAGAAGGUCGGCGGUUCGAAUCCCCAUGACGGGGUGAGCUCCCGUUGCUCGGUCCCUGCUCCUGCCAACCUAGCAGUUUGAAAGCACGUCAAAGUGCAAGUAGAUAAAUAGGUACCGCUCCGGCGGGAAGGUAAACGGCAUUUCCAUGCGCUGCUCUGGUUCCCCAGAAGCGGCUUAGUCUUGCUGGCCACAUGACCUGGAAGCUGUACGCCGGCUCCCUCGGCCAAUAAAGCGAGAUGAGCACCGCAACCCCAGAGUCGGUCACGACUGGACCUAAUGGUCAGGGGUCCCUUUACCUUUACUUCAUCCAAGGAGCUCAAGGAGGCAUAUAUGUGUUUGUGGAAGGCGGGGUGGGUGAGUGUUUUCUUUCGUUUUUUAACUAUUCUUUUUGCAUUUUCAUCCUGUAUUUUUCUGUUGUGAACCGCCCUGAGUCCUUCAAAUGACGUUUAAUAAAUAAAUAACCUGCCUUACGAGGCUGUUGUGGGGAUCAAAUGAAGAGGGGAAUCGUAGAAUCAGAGUUGGAAGGGACCCUGGGUGGUCAUCUGGUCCAACCCCCUGCAAUGCAGGAAUUUGCAGUCGUCCCAUGCGGGGAUCGAACCUGCAACCUUGCCGUUAUCAGCAGCAUGCUCCAACCAUGUACGCCACCAUUGAGCUCCUUGGAGGAAAGGCGGAUUAUAAAUGCAAUAAAUUACUAAAAUGGCCUAUGUGGAUUUAAGAAUUGGUUCAGGAAAUAGAAUUCUUUUUUCUCUCCUUAGCGCAGAAAUUGGAUUGCCUUGAGUACAGAAUGUCUAACUUGUUUAGGGCACAUUGCACGCAGUCUUCAGAAGUGAGAUGAGAUGAGAAUCUUUCUUAAUUAUGGCCCAGCAAAAAAAAAAUCCCAGUUUGAUUCUUGUUAUUCAUCUUGGCCUCGCGAAAAGCCAGAUCUAAUUGCAAAGACAGAGUACAUAGCUGAUGAUAAGUGUCUAGGGAUGACAAACCCUUCCAAGGAGACUGAAAGAAAUAGCUACGUUUAGACAAGAUUUAUUUCAAGGCUGCGUGUGGAUGGGGAUUUGUUGCCGGUAAAAAUAUAUAUAUACUUUGUUUUAAAAUCUCAGAAGAAAUUAAAAUGGGGAACAGUCAUUUGUCUUGUUUGCUGAAGUUUAUGGACCAAGAAGCAGGAGAGUUCAGACCCAGGAAAAUUGGCUUUUUUUAGACUAGGAAAAGCAUUUUUUAAAAAUAAGAGAAAUUCAGCAGUGGCUAAACUGCCUCAGAACAUUUGUCCUAAAAAAUAAUAAUGUUAGCCCGGCAUCUGCUGAGGGAAUCAUAGUUGGUGAGCUUCUCAGGGUUAUUAGUUCCAGUUCUGCUUAUUUAGGCAGACACCAAUUUUUCUUCAGACCUCCAUGUUGUUUUGUAUAGGACAGAGAAAGGGAAUCCGUGGUCCUUCAGAUGCUGGUGAACUCCAGCUCCCAUCAGCCUCAGCUAGACCGGCUAAUACUAAGGGAUGAUGGGAGCUGUAGUCUUGCAAAACUCAGAGGGCCGCACGUUUCCCCAUCUGUGGUAUAGGAUUUGGGCCCCAUCUGCACUAUCCAUUUAAAGCGCUACGAAACCACUUUAUAAACAGUUGUGGCUUUCCCCAAAUAAUUCCGGGGAAUAUAGUUUGCUAUUGCUGCUGAGCGUUAUUAGGAGAUCGUUCCCCUCACAGACCUACAAUUCUCAGAGUGGUGUAGGGAACCCCUCUUCCCAGGGAAUUCUGGGAGUUAUAGUUCCCUGAGCAGAUUUUAAUAUUUAAUUCUUAAUAUUUUGUUAGAAGGGACACGGGUGGCACUGUGGGUUAAACCACAGAGCCUAGGACUUGCCGAUCAGAAGGUCGGCGGUUCGAAUCCCCGCGACAGGGUGAGCUCCCGUUGCUCGGUCCCUGCUCCUGCCCACCUAGCAGUUCGAAAGCACGUCAAAGUGCAAGUAGAUAAAUAGGUACCACUCCGGCGGGAAGGUAAACGGCGUUUCCGUGCACUGCUCUGGUUCGCCAGAAGUGGCUUAGUCAUGCUGGCCACAUGACCCGGAAGCUGUACGCUGGCUCCCUCGGCCAAUAAAGCCAGAUGAACGCUGCAACCCAAGAGUCGGUCACGACUGGACCUAAUGGUCAGGGGUCCCUUUACCUUUUUAAUAUUUUGUUUGAAGCUGCCCAGAGUGGCUGGGGAAACCCAGCUAGAUGGGCAGGAUAUAAAUUAUUAUUAUUAAUUAUUUAUUACAUGGGGUCUUCUAACAGCUCUCAGCAAACUACAGUUCCCAGAAUUCUCUGGGAGAAGCCAUGGCUGCAUAAAACUUCUGAAGAUGAGGCCUAUAUGUUAAGCAGGGAUUUGUUUCACUGGAUUUAUUUCGCUCCACCUGGUAAUAUAUAUUUCUGGUGUGGGCUGGGCAUAUGUUCUUGCUGAAGUAGAAAGCAGUAUUAUUAACAAUAAAUCGUUCCCCAGUCACGUUACUCUUUUUCUCCUGUUUCAGCGGACUGUGUGAAGGUGACCGUCCGAGAUCAUGGGAUCAAGGGACUCUAUCGUGGCCUCAGCUCUCUGGUUUAUGGUUCCAUACCGAAAGCCGCCGUGAGGUAAUCACUUUUGGAUUUUUAUUCAUUUCAGUAGUAGUAGUAGUAGUAGUAGUAGUUGUUGUAUUGAACUUCUUAGUCACUUUUUAAAAUACAAAAUGUAUACUGGAAUUUGGGCUAAGUUGCUCAGAGACUCCUUAAAGCAGCGAAUGAUGAAUAAAUUGAAUAAAUAAUAUAAUAAUGGCAAGAGCAGCGUGUUCUCUUCUCCCCAACCCGCCGUGCUCCUCAGCUUUCACGAGCCACCUUCUUUCUCUUUCCAGGUUUGGCAUGUUUGAAUUCCUCAGCAACCACAUGAGAGAUGCAGAAGGGAAGUUGGACAGCAAACGAGGGCUCCUGGCAGGCUUGGGGGCUGGCGUGGCCGAAGCGGUGCUUGUGGUGUGCCCUAUGGAAACCAUAAAAGUAAACACAAACACAAAAUGUGGUGUUUAUUUCUUUGUUUGUUUGUUUUUGGGUUGAUUAAAUGUGUAUCCAACUUUUCAAGAACUUCUCCACAAAGCAGUUUACACAAACACACACACAUAUUUAUUUAUCUGAAAUAAUCAUCAAAUAAAUAAAUAUGUGUGUGUGUGUUUGUGUAAACUGCUUUGUGGAGAAGUUCUUGAAAAGCUUUAUUGGCUGAGGGAGCCGGCGUACAGCUUCUGGGUCAUGUGGCCAGCAUGACUAAGCCACUUCUGGCAAACCAGAGCAGUGCACGGAAACGCCGUUUACCUUCCCGCCGGAGGUACUUUGAUGUGCUUUCGAACUGCUAGGUUGGCAGGAGCAGGGACCGAGCAACAGGAGCUCACCCCAUCGCGGGGAUUCGAACCUCCGACCUUCUGAUCAGCAAGUCCUAGGCUCUGUGGUUUAAACCACAGUGCCACGCCGGCUCCCUCGGCCAAUAAAGCAAGAUGAGCGCCGCAACCCCAGAGUCAGCCACAACUGGACCUAAUGGUCAGGGAUCCCUUUACCUUUACCUUUUAAUCAUCAAAUAGGAAGUUGCCCUUAUCCCAAAUGAGAUCAUUGGUUGAUCUAUCUCAGUGGUGUUGAUACCAUGUGGUGCCAAACUAAGUCCUGCUCGUAGCAGACCCAUUGAAAUGAAUGGACCUAAGUUUGUUGUGUCCAUUAAUUUCAGUAGGAUACAAACUGCUGACUGGCUAUAGCUGGUGAUCUAAUGCUGGUGUACUGGAAGAAGCAAAGAUCACCAGUGUGGAAGCAAUGAUUCUUCAACAUCAACUUCGUUGGACUGGUCGUGUUGUGCGGAUGCCUGAUUAUUGUCUUCCAAAGCAACUACUCUAUUCCAAACUUAAAAAUGGAUAGCGUAGUGCUGGUGAGUCAACAAAAGAGGUCUAAAGACUGUCUCAAGGCAAAUCUAUUUUAAAAAAGUAGUAUAAACACUGACAACUGGGAAACACUGGCCUGCGAGCGCUCCAGUUGGAGAACAGCCUUUACCAAAGGCGGCUUUGAAGAUGCUCAAACUCAGGACAAAAGGGAGAAACGUGCUAAGAGGAAGGCACGCUUGGCAAAUCCACACCAUGAUCAACUCCCACCCAGAAACCUAUGUCCCCACUGUGGAAGGACGUGUGGAUCCAGAAUUGGCCUCCACAGUCAUUUGCAGACUCACUGUUAAAACCGUGUUUAUGGAAGACAAUCUUACUCGGCUAUGAGUGAUCGCCAAAGAAAAGAUAGCUCUCUAGGGAUUCUGACACUCCCGUCUCCUACCUGGGGGGCAGGUUUAUUGGGUUGUUUUAGUGUUUUAGUUUUUAUUAUGUAUUUUGUGUUCCUAUAUUGUGAUUUUAUGCUGUAUCCGCCCUUAUACAAAUUUAAUUGAUGAUGAUGAUGAUGAAUACUUGAAGAUAGAAUCUGAGAGAUUAAGGAGCUAAAAAGUUCCUUGCUGGCCUGCAUAUGCCCAUCUUAGUCCAUUAUCCUGUUCUUCCAGUGGCUAACUAGAUGCCAUGGGAAGCCCACAGCCUAGCAUGCUGCCUUCUGCUGAGUCAGACCAUUGGUCUAAUAUACCACAGUAUUGUCUACACUGACUGGCAGCAGCAGGUCUCCAGGAUUUCAGGCAAGGGUCUUUCUUAGCCCCAGCUGGAGAUGCCAGGGACUUGAUCCUGGGAUCUUCUGCAUGCAAGACGUCCCUUCCCUAUUUAAGACACACUCUCUCUUUCUUGCACACACAUCCUCACACACUGUUCAAGCUGCUACACACAAACACAGACACACCGAAUGAAUGACCUGUUUGGAAAAGGGCAGAACAGCAACCUUCUGAAGACGUGCAGUUGCAGCAAAAUAAAUGCUCGGGCAGCUUUUUCCAUGGGGCGGUUUCCCACACAGCUCCCAAAGGGGGAAAAAGAUGUGUGAAUCUUUUGUGAAGCUGACAUCAGGUUGAGCAUCAGGGACUUCCUAACAUCGGAACCCACCUUGUGGUGAACAGCAAACAUUGCAAGGGCAUUUCCCACCCAUCUCCUUCCUUUUUUGGGUCUGGCCCAUAGCUGCCAACUUUUCCAUUUUUUAAAGGGAAAUUCCCUUAUUCAGAAUAGGAUUCCUCGCAAGAAAAGGGAAAAGUUGACAGCUGUGGUCUGGCCGUCUUUGUUAUCUGGGCUUGGGAGAAAGAAGCUCAUCUUCCUGAUGCCAAUUGCCACACAGAAAGAGAAAUGGGAGCUUGCCGCCUUUAGACUAGAGUGCAUGUGAAAAGUUGUGGAGGUUAAAACAACAUCAUCGCCAUUAACAAACUACAGUUCUCCGGGAGUUUUUCCCCACCACUUGUGUGCUAUUGUUGUGUGAGUGAUGGGCUACAGAAUGCAGCUGCCCCUUUCAAAAACAACCCAGUCUAGAAGAGGCUGAGUGAGUUUAAAAAUCUCUCUUGAUGUUGGGAAGUCUCUCUUGACUUGCCAGUAAGUGACCUGGUGGCUGUUCCUCCACAGGUGAAGUUCAUCCACGAUCAGUGCUCUCCGCAGCCAAAAUAUCGAGGUUUCUUCCAUGGGGUGCGAGAGAUCAUUCGGCAACAAGGUGAGACCUGGUGUUUGUUAGCAGGGAGACGUCCUUGCAAGGAGAACUUGGGGGGUUUGCAUAAUUGGGAAUGAGAAAGGAGCUGUCUGCCUUCAAAUCAGAAGUAGGUGAAGCUUCAGAUCUCUCAGUUUGGGGUCUCUUGAAUGCUCUUUUGCUUGUAUCAGGGAUGGGGAACCUAUGAGCCUUCAGAUCUUGUUGCUACUUCUGGUCCAAUGGCCAUAAAAUGAAGGGGAAUAAUUAAGAGCCAGUGUGACUUAAUGAUUAGGUUGCUGGAUUAGGACCUAGGAGAGCUGGGUUCAAUUUCCUACCCCCUGCAAUGCAGGAAUCUUGCCCAUAACCACUGCUAGGUGGCCUUGAACCACCCACAUUCUGGCUAACAGUCAGGCACACUGAUCCAUUGCAUCUGCAACUGGCUGCCCACCCACCGCCAAGCCCAGGGUCAAGGUUCUUGUAUUCUUUUACAGAGCCCUAAACGCGGGUGGUGUUGUGGGUUAAACCACAGAGUCUAGGACUUGCCGAUCAGAAGGUUGCGGUUCAAAUCCCCGUGACGGUGUGAGCUCCCGUUGCUCGGUCCCUGCUCCUGCCAACCUAGCAGUUCGAAAGCACGUCAAAGUGCAAGUAGAUAAAUAGGUACUGCUCUGGCGGGAAGGUAAACGGCGUUUCUGUGCGCUGCUCUGGUUCGCCAGAAGCGGCUUAGUCAUGCUGGCCACAUGACCCGGAAGCUGUACGCUGGCUCCCUCGGCCAGUAAAGCGAGAUGAGCGCCGCAACCCCAGAGUUGGUCACGACUGGACCUAAUGGUCAGGGGUCCCUUUACCUUAAACAACUUCAGUCCCUGGGUACCUCAGCGGCCACCUGAACUCAUAUGUGUCAAGUCACUGUGAUAUCACCUGCUGGAGCCUUCUUUAUCAUUACCCAAGUUGGCAAGGCUUAUUUGACAAGAACACAGAACUGAGGCUUUCGUGUCGUGAGCCCAGCCUUAUGGGAACACACUUGCCAAUAGAGACUCAGCAGGCACCUUCUGUUUCAGCAUUUAAACGCCUGCAGAAAUCUUUUCUAUUCCGUCGGGCUUAUGCAAGCAAUGAAGAAUAACAUCUCUUUCCACAACAGUUGGCUGAUUCUUGAUUUUAAUUUUUCAUAGGACUUUUAUGUACAGUUGUUGCGAACGGCUCUGGUAUUUUCUUUAUGAGUCAGUGACUUAUAAAUAUUUUCAUAAACAAACAACAGUGUUGGUUUUCCUGCUGCCUAGUUCUUCCUCCUGAUCUUCUUUUCCUUUUUUUCUGCAGGCCUCAGGGGAACUUACCAAGGUUUGACAGCGACUGUCCUGAAACAGGGAUCCAACCAGGCUAUUCGCUUUUUCGUUAUGACAGCUCUCAGGAAUUGGUACAAAGGUAUUUGGAAUUCACCUUUUCAGAUAUCAUCUUCUGGGCGGUAAUCUGAACGGUGUCCCAGAUCUUCUAACCUCAAGGCUUUUGCUAUGGCAAAAAGGAUAAUAAUAAUAAUAAUAAUAAUAAUAAUAAUAAUAUAUUAUUUGUACCCCGCCCAUCUGGCUGGGUUUCCCCAGCCACUCUGGGUGGCUUCCACAAAGACCAAAAAUACACUAAGAUGUCACACAUUAUUUAUUAGUAUUAUUAUAUGCUGCCCAUCUGACUGGUUUGCCCCAGCCACUCUUGGUGGCUUUCAGCAGAUUAAACCAUCAGACAGAGUAAAACAUCAAUCAUUAAAAACUUCCCUGAACAGGGCUGCCUUAAGAUGUCUUCUGAAUGUCUGGUAGUUUUUUAUCUCUUUGACAUCUGAUGGGAGGGCGUUCCACAGGGUGGGUGCCACUACCGAGAAGGCCCUCUGCCUGGUUCCCUGUAACCUCGCAGUGAGGGAACCACCAGAAGGCCCUCGGAGCUGGACCUCAGCAUCCGGGCAGAACCAUGGGGGUGGAGACGCUCCUUCAGGUACACUGGGCCGAGGCUGUUUAGGGCUUUAAAGGUCAACACCAACACUUUGAAUUGUGCUCGGAAAUAUCCAAGCGGACACCUGGGUUUUCUUUUCCCAGCAUGCACUGGUGCCAGUCACCAGCUUCUGUCCCACGUAUCUGGAGUAGGGCUGGAGGAUAUUUUUCAGCCUGAGGGCCACAUUCCCUGCUGUGCAGCUUUUCAGAGGCCACAUGCCAGCAGUGGGCCAGAGGCGUAAGCAUGCUGAACAACCAAUGUGAAUGUUCACCUUUGUAUAGUAGACUAGUUUCUACGCACCCCCUUCUCGAGCCUCCAUCCAGACAAGCAAGAGGCAUGAGCAGGGUUCAAGGACCACAUCCCAGCAAGGCAGAAACAUUCAAUUUGAUGUUUUUAUAUGCUGCUUGCCACUUAGAGAACAGUGUUUUGUCUUUUAUUUUAUUUUUAUUUUUUUAGGAGUUUAAACAUUUUAGGUCAUAUGUACACGUAUAACAGUAAAAUAUGGCAACAGUAUCAACAUAAACCAGACAUGUUGGAGAUGGUAGACAACAUGCUGGAACAAAGAACAGUGUUAGUGGGUGGCUUUAUAUAUAAAAUAGAUAAAGGUAAAGGGACCCCUGACCAUUAGGUCCAGUCAUGGCCGACUCUGGGGUUGCGGCGCUCAUCUCGCUUUAUUGGCCAAGGGAGCCGGUGUACAGCUUCCAGGUCUUGUGGCCAGCAUGACUAAGCCGCUUCUGGCGAACCAGAGCAAAGCACGGAAACGCCGUUUACCUUUCUGCCGGAACGGUACCUAUUUAUCUACUUGCACUUGAUGUGCUUUCGAAUUGCAAGGAUGGCAGGAGCAGGGACCGAGCAACGGGAACUCACCCCGUCACGGGGAUUCGAACCGCUGACCUUCUAAUCGGCAAGGCCUAAGCUCUGUGGUUUAACCCACAGCGCCAACCGCAUCCCUUCAUAUAUAAAAUAAUAGCAUGUAAAUAAUAUACUGUUCUUUGCAGCUGAGCCACUAAGGGGCACUGUUCACCCAGCUUCCUGUUCAGUGUUGCAUAGCUGAGUGCCAAGCACAAGACCCAAACAAAUUAUGCCCACCUAUUCAUUUUUUCCUGUAUUUUUAAAUCCACCUUUGCAGAAAGUGCUAUUCUAAAAAUAAAAUAGAUUCCCUUAACUCAGGGGUGGUGGUGGUGGGGAGGACACCCCACAUUUAACAAAAAGCAGGUCUUUAGAUCCAGAUAAACUCUGUGCUUCUCCCCUGCUCUUGAGUCGAUUGAGUGUUCUCUACCUUUAAACAAAUAACAAAAAAACUGCAGUUUCCUAUAAAUACAGUAGAUCAGUUUGUUCGAGUGUGGUGCCAAUAACAGGCUGCCAAUUAGUUUUCGGGAUUCAGUGCUGGUUUUGACCUAUCAAGACUUUUGUGGCUCCCAAUACCUCAAACAUUGCCGCUCCCCACGUGAAUCAGAUCAGAAACUGAGUCCAUCACCAGAGGCCCUUGUUCAUGCGCUCUCUGUGAAGUAAGUGCCGAAAGUGGCAGUAGAAGAAGGGGCCUUUUCAGUGUUGGCUCCCUGUUCUGCAGGGAAGCACAUCUGGCACCAGUGUUGUGUCAUUUUAGGUGCCAGGUGAAAACAUCCUUGUUUACCCAGGCAUACGGUUUUUAAUUGGGGGAUAGGUUGAGAUAUCUGUGGCCUUUGUUGUGCUUAUCUGUUAAGUAAGGUGGCUGGGACUUGUUCCUUUGCAAAAGGUUCUCAGAUCAGUGUUUUAGUUUUUAGUUUGUUGCUGGUUUGAAUGUCUUUGUUUUAUUUUUGCUGUGUAAGUCGCUUUGAGGCGCUAAAGUGCAAUAUUGCAACUAAUAAAGUUUAUUUAGUAUUAUCAACAUUAUCAUCGUCAUGAGAUGCAGGGUGUUGUAGUGGUUAGAGUAUCAGGCUAGGACCUGGGAGACAAGGAUUCGAAUCCCCACUGGGCCACGAAGCUCCCUGGUUGACCUUGGGCCCAUCACUCACUCACAGCCUAAACUACCUCGCAGGUUGUUGUGGGAAUUAAAUAAGGAUUGGGAGAGCCACCUUGAGCUCCUUGGAGAACAAGGUGGGAGAUAAAUGCAAACAACAACAACAACAUGCACUUUUUAAAUUCAAGCCAGAUUUCCAUUUCAGAGUGAGUUGACUCCUGACACCUUUGUUUUCUGCUCUGUUUCCUCACAUGCCUCCUCCUCAUCUUCCUUCCCCUUCCCCUUCUAGGAGAUAAUCCAAAUAAAGCCAUCAACCCGCUUGUCACUGGGUUGUUUGGGGCGAUCGCAGGUGCAGCCAGCGUCUUUGGCAACACGCCACUGGAUGUCGUGAAGACCAGGAUGCAGGUAUGCCCAAAUCUCUAAACUUCUCUGCAAAGGAAGCCUGUAGGUCAGAUUCACUCUGGGCCAACCUUCCAACUGGCCAUAUUUGAAUGGUGGGCAUGGCUAGAGGCGGGGGGGUGGGGUGGGGUUAAAAAUGCUUUUUACCUGCACUCUUUUAUAUAAACGUGAGUGGGAAUGGCGCACGUGAAAGGGAAAGCCCAAUUGUAGGAGUGUGGCAGGGUGGAUCAAAAGGAUUGACAGGUGACGUCAAGUGGUGGCCCAUGUGGGUGGAGUUUGCUAGAAAUGGAGGGGCUGGAGGGGCAGAUUAAGCCCAGGAACCAGAGGUUCCCCACCAGGUAAUUAAUCCCUAUAUAUGCCUGAUCUUUCUGCAUAUUCUGACCUUUCAUACUGCAUCACGGUGUGGUACGCUGGUUUGACAUCAACUGAUAGGAAGUGCCUACAGAAGGUGGUGAAGACAGCACAAGAUACUAUGGGCUGUCCCGUGAAUCCGCUGGAUGAAAUAGCGGAAGAAUGUUGCCACAGGAGAGUGAGGAAAAUUCUCAGAGAUGAUUCACACCCUGGCCAGCACUUUCUUGAUCUCCUGCCCUCAGGCAGAAGAUAUAGAAGCAUGAUUAGUCGCACCAACAGGGUAAAGAACAGCUUCUAUCCAUGGGCUGUUAGGCUGCUGAAUGAAAAGAUAACAACGGGGCAACUGACUUUCGGGUUUGGUGGGUGUGCAUCAGUAAAUGAGGGGAAUUAAGACUAAGAGAGCUGAGUGGGGGGUGCUCGUGUAAUCUCACUGUACAGUGGUACCUCGGGUUACAUACGCUUCAGUUUACAUACGCUUCAGUUUACAGACUCCGCUAACCCAGAAAUAGUACCUCGGGUUAAGAACUUUGCUUCAGGAUAAGAACAGAAAUUGUGCUCCGGCGGCGCAGCAGCAGGCCCCAUUAGCUAAAGUGGUGCUUCAGGUUAAGAACAGUUUCAGGUUAAGAACGGACCUCCGGAACGAAUUAAGUACUUAACCCGAGGUACCACUGUAUACAAGUUGUACAAGUGACAAUAAAGUAUUUCAAUUCAAUCUCUCUCUCUCCCCCGGCCAAUCUUCUUAUACAGGGUCUGGAGUCUCACAAGUACAAGAGCACUUGGGACUGUGCCUAUCAGAUCAUGAAAUAUGAAGGCCCUCUUGCGUGAGUGUAUCUUGGUUUUAUAUUUAUCUAGUUAUUUAGAGCAUUUGUGCUCCACUUUUCAGCCCAAAAGGCUCCCAGCGUAGCUUGCCUAUAGAGGCAACUCCCCAUUUAUGUGUGUUCAAGUGACUGUGUGGAUCGCUGUGAACCCGGAAGUGGCACUUUUAAAGGGGCGGAAAGCCCCCCUCCAAAAAAGAGCACGUAAACGGCAAGAACGGUUACAAAAACUGCAUCUAGCAAUCCCACAAGAGCUUCACAAGUGAAAUCCCAUGAGCCUUUGAGGCCUGUGGAGAGUUGGAGUUUGAUCAAGGAGGUUUGGAGGGAGUCCGUAAAGCGCUUCAGAACGUAACCCCCUUGUAAAUGGGGAGUUGCCUGUACUCAAGUAAAACAAGACCGUCCCUUGCCCACAGACGUACCAUCUAAGAGACAUGACACACAAGGAAAAAGAGGCAGGGAGGGAAGAGGGGCAGAGUGGUGCACGCUCUAGUUAUCUCCCGCUUGGACUACUGCCAUGCGCUCUACGUGGGGCUACCUUUGAAGGUGACCUGGAAACUACAACUAAUCCAGAAUGCAACAGCUAGACUGGUGAGUGGCAGCGGCCGCCGAGACCACCUAACACCGGUCCUAAAAGACCUACAUUGGCUCCCAGUACAUUUCUGAGCACAAUUCAAAGUAUUGGUGCUGAGCUUUAAAGCCCUAAACGGCCUCGGCCCAGUAUACCUAAAGGAGCAUCUCCACCCCCAUCGUUCUACCCGGACACUGAGGUCCAACUCUGAGGGCCUUCUGGCGGUUCCCUCAUGGCGAGGUUACAGGGAGGCAGAGGGCCUUCUGGGUGGUGGUGCCCACCCUGUGGAACGGCCUCCCAUCAGAUGUCAAGGAAAUAAACAACUCUCCGACUUUUAGAAGACAUCUGAAGGCAGCCCUGUUUAGGGAAGUUUUCAAUGUGUGAUGUUUUAUCGUGUUUUUAAUAUUCUGUUGGGAGCCGCCCAGAGUGGCUGGGUAUAAAUUAUUAUUAUCAAGUCAAUUGUUCUUGUAAUGGCCAGCUGGCACAGUCCAGGGUUAGGGAGUUCGUGAUGGAGCUGGUCUUCCACAGCAGAACUGUUGGAGUGAACCCUCCCCCCCAUCUCUCCCAUUGAGGCCAUCUGAAGGAACGGCUCUGCUCUCUGGUGACGGUUGAGAGAGAGGAGGCCUAAGCUGCCUUGCUUGUUUCUCGAACAAACGGCUCUAACCGCUAUACCAGACUGUCUCUUGGUUGGCUCACCUCUUCCCAAAGCUUGCUCGGAUUCUCUGAAAUGCCCCUUUCUCACCCCCCUCUGUCCGUUCCUCUGCAGGUUUUACAAGGGCACGAUCCCCCGCCUGGGCCGGGUCUGCUUAGAUGUGGCCAUUGUGUUCAUCAUCUACGACGAAGUCGUCAAGGUACUCAACAAGGUGUGGAAAACGGACUGAGCGCCCGCCGAGGGCGGCACCACCUCCUCCCCACCCGCCAGGCAACAGCAGGGAGGAGAAGGCACGACUCACCACAGACCAGGGGGGGGUCCUACCCACCACACCCCCCCCGCCCACCCGGCAAGUUAGUGCCAGCAUUCCAGGGCUCCUUCAGCUCCACAGGUGGGAUCUGGAUACGGAUCACGUCCCCGACCCGCUGCCUUCAUAUCAAGCUCAAUGACACGUUUUAUUUAUAUCCGAAUGAACUGUGGCCGUGUUGCUGGUUCUUGCUUGCUUUUAAUUACUGAUGAUAUGAUAAUGUGACCAGAUUGGAUGGGGGAACAGAGAGGAGAUGGUUUCGUGCUACAUCUCCAGCUGCUAAAGUUGGGGGAACAGGGUGAAGAGGUGGGGCGAGUUCGACUGGUGCCCAUCAGAAAGAGAAAGGGAACUUUCCCCCCACACACCCUGUCCCCCACACCAACGCCAACACCCGCUAGAAUAAAAGUUCAAGAAGCUUUUUUCCCUUUUAGAAACAAACACACACAUGAAUUUACAGGUUCCCAAUCGCUGGUCUAGAUCAGAGUUUCCCAAACUUAGGUCUCCAGCUGUUUUUUGGACUACGGCUCCCAUCACCCCGAGCUAGCAGCACCAAUAGUCAGGGAUGAUAGGAAUUGUAGUCCAAAACCAGCUAGAGACCCAAGGUUGGGAAAUCCUGGUCUAGAGCAAGGAUGGCCUUCCAGAUCUUGUGGCAGUACAGCCCUUCAAAUAGUGAUGUACUCCAACUCCCAUCAUCCCUGCCUGUUGGCCAUGGUGGCUCUGGCUGAUGGGACUUGGAGUCCAAUGACUUCUGGGGUGCCUCUGCUGGCUUUCUGAGAAGCUGGCGUUGAAACAUGAGCUAAGAAGAAGUCCCUGGUUGUUUACCAGAAGGCGACUGCCAGGGCAUUGAGCUCCGGCUUACCAGCCAAAGAAGAUCUUGUGAAUUGUUGACCGACGGUGCCAACUCAGAAAGCUUGCAGAGGUAGGGAAAGAAUGUCAGACAUCUGGGUGUUCGCCAGUCUUUCAUAUGCCCCUUCCCCCAGUUGCUGCCAGCAGAGAAGAAAGCCAUGGAGGUCAUGACACAAAUGCACACCCCGCAAAAAAUACUUGAGUACAUUCCAUGAGUCCUGCUCCAAUAGUAUUUUAUCGCCAGGUAGCUUUUAGUAUUGCCAAAUGCGGGGGUCCCUAGAAAAGGUGUUGCUGGACAACAAGUCCCAUCGUCCCUGCCCCUUGGACCAUCCUAGCUGGGGCUGAUGGGAGUUAGGAACCCAGCAACAGCUGGAGGUCCUUUGAUUCCGCAUCUGUGCUCUCUUUGAAUGACGUAGAGGAAGAGAAGGAAUUGCCACCUCUGCAGGCUCCGAAGCACAGUAGCCUCAGCAGUGGAAGUUGGUCCAUUUUGGUGAAUGGGACAUUGCCCCAUCAACCUCAGCUUGCCCCCGCCCCAUCACCGCCUGCCUUCUUACAACCAGGCAACGGUGGCGACCCUGCCUGUCAACUUUAGUCUCUGUGUCGUCCUUGUAGGACGCAAGCAGGCAGAUUAGAAUUCGCUGCCUACUGUUUGGGCUCCAUGCCCUUCUGACUCCUAACACCAGCCCUGGGUGGGGAUGACAUUCGCCUUUCCCCAUCCUACGCUCAUGCCUUCUAUGCCUCCCCCCUGCUAAAGUCUGCAUCCCAAAGAUCUGUUGCGAUUGGUGUUUUUCUUACUCGUGCUGAUAAAAGCUUCUUUCGAACCAAAGUUGGGGGACCCACUCCCCUGACCUCCAUAAAUGUAUCUGCUGAGUCGGGAGAGUCGAAUUAAUUCCCACGCGUUCACCCAGCCCGUAAUAUUAACUCAUUCCAUAGAAUUCACUUGUUUACAUUGGGGAGGGGAGGGAAAGAGGGAUAUGAAAAACAGAAGUGAUAGCCCCUGUUUCUUGUGUCCCAGGUGGAAAAGGGAUCCCCCAGCUAAACAGAGUACUGGCCAGAGGGACCUAGCUGCCCUCUCUCUGGUGCUGCUGGGGCUUACCCAGAAGGUGGACAACGCAGGGGUGAGGUUGGUGCAAACGCAUCUGCAGGAGCACAAGACUGGUUCUGCUGGUGUGUUUGCGCUGCUGCAGCCUCGCCCCCUGCUGCUCACCGUAAGCUGCAGUGACACUGAUGUUAGGAGUCAAGGGGAGCAGUACCACUGCUCCUUUUCAGAUUGUCUUUUCUCCUCCCUCUCUCCUUGGACGUUUCCUCCCUUUUUCCUCCUUUCGAAGACCCUGAUGACUCGCUGGAGAAACUUGUAGGCUUAGCAGACACUACUCUGGCUCACUCGUGCUUUUUUCUGUACUAGGAAGGGACCUUUCCCCAGGUGCCAAGGAAACUCGCCGACGAUUCCGUUAUGGAUCUGUGCCAAAUUUUAUGUGUCUCUCGUCCUUUUUCAGUACACGUGGGGCCUUCCCCUCCCCCCCUUUUGCUCCAGUCUUUGCUAGCUAUGCACUGUGGGCUACUAAAUGCAGCCAGCUGUUGAUAGGGGUAGCGGUUAGUGUAGGGACCACCAGCGUGCUGCGCUCCAGAUGGGGUGGACUACAUUUCCCAUCAUCCUUGACUGUUGGCACUGCUGGCUGGGUCUGAUGGGAGCUGCAGUUGAAGGCAGCCGGAGGGCACCUUCAGGGUUAGAGAACAAAUCCCAGAUCUGUUUCCCUACCACCACAUAUUUUAAGGUGCAUUCCAGUUGCAAAGUUAAUAAAACGAUAAGCCUGCUCCGAAGAAGCUGUGGGCUGCAGCUGCACCACUAUGUGAAACCCUUUGAACGAGAAUUAAGUUUCAUCUGUCCAAAUACACCUUUAUGAGCAUAUUGGCUGCAAGUGAUAGAUCAGGGGUGGGGAGACCUAUAGACCUCAGAUAUUGCUAUACAGUGGUACCUUGGUUUACGACCAUAAUCCGUUCCAGAGGCGUGCUUUCACCAAUGGGGCCUCCCAAAAAAUUUCUCUGUAAUCCCCCCAAAAUUGUUCGUAAUCCAAAAACAGUUCGCAAACCAGGACACACACUUCCUGGUUUGACGUGUUCGUAAUCCAAAACGUACGCAAACCAGACUGUUCGCAAACCAGGGUACCACUGUACUAGAAUUCCCAUCAUCCCUGAUGGCGGGUUAUGGCAGUUGUCGUCCAGCAACAUCUGGAGAACUUACAGGUUCCUCAUCCUUACAGUAGACUUUACUUGCUGCAUAAUUUCAAUUUCACAGAAAUGGGGAUCCUGGCUGUGUCCCUGCCCGUAUUUCCACACAUGUUCAACCCAACCGUUUAUGGAGGUGUGCUAUUAUAGCCAGCUCCACUUCCUAUGGCAGGGAUGGAGAACCUUUGGGCUUCCAGGUAUUGGUGAACUUCAGCCCCAGCAAGCAUGGCCAAUGGCCAGGGAUGAUAGGAGUUGUAGCCAACCAACACCUGGACUCUUAACUGUCCUACAGGCUUGGAUAACAGGUGUCCAGGCUAUGUUUUUGUGCUGACCAUGUGGCAAGCAAAGGAAGGUGAUGCAUUGGGAUGGGGAUUUUGUUGCUUGUUUUUUUGUUGCGUGGUUUUUUUAUUUACACAGACCGAGGAUUUCUGAAUUGAAUGUUUUUUUUGUUUUUAUUUUAAUUCACUGUCUGCACCGGCAGCCUGAUACUAGAAUGGUUUUGGAACUUCUCAGCCCUGCGGUGAGGACGCCAACCAAUAAAGCCAAAGUUGCCUGUUUUAGUG